AACGGGAGACGGAGAACGGACUACAGCUCCCAGGGGCUCCUUUCGGGCAACCGUUCUCGCCGCUUGCUCUCGCGAGAUGGCCCGCCGCCGCUCCGUUCCCCAACCCCGCCUCUCGCAAGUUCGCGCUCGCUUGCGGCGCGGUGGUUGAAUGUGGGGCCGCCCAGGGAAGGCGGUGGCGGCGAUGGCAGCCCGUUCCGCCGCCGCCGCGUCGUCUCCUCCGACGGAGCUGUCCUUGUCGCCCUUCGUCCGGAAGCUCCGUAAGUGGUGGAAGCCCCCUUCCCUUUCUGGCUAGCGGAGACAAGCGCCCUGGAGCCGCCGCAGCCGCUGCUUCCAGGGGCGCCGGGAUAAGCGGCAGAAGGAAACUUUCCUCCAGAGCGCAGCUGCUGUUUUCCGUGCUCAAUGCGCGCAGGGCUUGCAGUCCGAGUCUGCCUUCCUGCGCGCGCUCCUUAGAGAGUGAAUCUCUCUCUCUCUCUAUAUAUAUACACAUACAUACACACACACACGGAAUUCACUCUCUAAGGAGCGAAUAUUAGAAUUGUAGAGUUGGAAGGAAUCCCGAGGGUCGUCUAGUCCAGCCCCUUGCAAUGCAGGAAUCUCAACUAAAGCAUCCCUGGCAGGUGGCCAUCCAAACUCUGCUUUAAAACCUCCCAAGGAAGAAGAGUCCACAACCCCUUGUGGGGAGGCUGUUCCACUUUCUGGUGACUUGAAUCCGUUGCUUCUGGUCCUACCCUGCCGAGCAGGAGAAAACAAGCUUGCUCCAAACUUCGUGUGACAGCCUUUUAGAUACUUGAAGAUAGCUAUCGCAUCUCCACUUUUCCAAGCUAAACAUACCCAGUUCCUUCAAGCGACCCUUGAUCCUCUUGCUUGUCCUCUGCACACGUUCCAGCUGUUCAAUAUCCUCAAAUUGUAGUGCCCAGAACUGGACGCAGUUCUCCAGUGGGGUCGAAACCCUCUCCAAAGUUGUUGAGCCCCCUUGCAGUGCCUAGCUAUGCUAUGCAGUUCUCCCUGUGUGUGGUCUGUCCAAAGUAGAAUACAGUGGUACUACUUGAUUGGGAUACUAUACAUCUGCUGAUGUAGCUUAUAAUAGCAUUAGGGGUUUUUUUUGCUGCUGCAUCACACUGCUAACUCAUGUGAAGCUUGUGGUCUACCAAGACCCUUAGAUCCUUUUCACAUGUGCUGCUGGGAAGCCAGGUGUCCCUCAUCUUUAUAUUUGUGCAGCUGGUUAUUCCUGCCAAAGUGCAGAGCCUGACAUUUGUCCCUAUUGAAAAUCCUUUUGUUAGUUUUGGCCCAGUUCUCCAAUCUGUUAAGGUCUUCUUGAAUCCCAAUUCUGUCUUCUGUGGCUACCCCUCCCAGUUUGGUGUCAUCUGUAAAUGUGAUGAGCGUAUUUUCUGUGCUGUUCAUUUAAAUGAAUGCUCACUAGCUUUCUCUUCUUGCCUCAUCCCCAUGCGAUGACUUGAGUUAAAUCAAAUUGUGUACAGGAGUUUGCACAGCGUGAUGCAGUAAGCAAAAGAUCAUUACAUAACUGUGCUUAUUGAGUUGUGUUUGAAAACAAACCUAACAACAGCAACAACAAUUUUAUUAUUUUUAUCCCAUCCCAGCGACUCUGAUUAGGGAAUACCCAGCUCGAUCCUGCUUCUCGUUAGGCAUUUUUACCAUUGAAGUAAAUAGGGCACUGUAGGAAGUGUGUUUAGUUUUAUAAUCAAAGUCUUCACGAGGGUCAUAGUGUGAGGGCGAUCUGGCUGCGACAUCUAUCACCCCAUUGAUCGCCAGGGUUGAUAGUGUGGGGAGUGCCAGGAGGGCUGGGGCAAACCAGGCACCCCCAGUGUGGCCUGAUGCUCCUCUCUGCCCACCAAUGGCUGCAUUGGCCAGCUGGGCUCCUCUCUGCAUGGCUGUGCAGGUGGUUCAGCAUGCCCUGCUUUGCUUUGGUGGAGGUGGGGUCACUUCAGCAGAGAGGGCUAGGCUGAUGCCCGCCACCCAGAGUGCGCCGACCCCAGUGGCCUACAACUGACACUAUGCUGCUGGUCUUCACCUAUAGUUUUACCAUCUAAAAGUUUUCUGAAUUAGAUCCAUGAUGCUUAUAUAUUCCAGUUUGAUGCAGAGUUAGGCAUAUGUAAACCUAUUGGUUUUAUUUUUUGUUUUGUUAAAAGAUUAGUUUCUGAGUGGCAGCUUUUAAGGUCAAAUCAAGUUGCUGUUGCUCAUGAAGAAAGAUAAAAAAUGGUUUAUGGGGUGGGGUGGGGUGGGGGAAGUGGGAAACAGUAUGUGAGUGACAGAGGUAUGGAAAUGAAGAGCAGAUAUGUAUGUCUUGUGGUCCGGAGUAGAGGAUCAACUGAAAUUUUCCGUGUAGUACCAUUACCAAAUGUUUUUGCCUCUCUUGAUUUAUUUGUUUAAAGGUUUAAAGUCUUAGAAUCAUAGAAUUGUAGAGUUGGAAGUAAUCCCAAGGGUCUUGCCCCAUGCACUGCAGGAACCACAACUAAAGAAUCCCUGACAAAUGACCAUCUAACCUCUGCUUUAAAACCUCCCAUGAAGGAGAGGAGAGUCCACCACCUUCUUAACACGUAUUGGGAGUAAAGACUUGGGAAGCUGGUUUUUGAACUGAACUUACUGGGAAUAACCAGUGCAUCUGAUUUAAAGUAUUAACUGAACUUCUGAAACUUCUUCCAUUUUCAUUUCAUUUUUAUGAACAGGUCAUCAGCUGGCUGAAAUUAGAGAACGUGCUCUUAGAAAUAUUUUGUGUAAAUUGGAUCACAACUUGGUUACAUAUGAUGACUUGGCUCAAGAAAAACUCCUGUUUCUCAGUCUUCUGGAGUGGUUCAACUUUCCUGUAGUACCAAUGAAAGAAGAGGUUCUGAAUUUAGUGAGCAACCUGGUGAAGGUACAGUUAUCUGUUUUGUUAUAUGUUCUUGAAAAUGGUAAACCAUCUACAGUCCAUAUCCAUGCUGAAAAGUACUUACAUGUUACCCCACUUAAUGUAAUGCUGCUUUGGCAUUAAAAGAACAUUGGAAAGCAAAAUGAUAUGCCAUGAUGUAUUUCUUUUGAAAGGUGACUUGAAUGAGAUGCUCAGUACAUGGUUAUCUUCUAAAUACAGCUCCUUCUGAGAUCCUCUGCUAUGCAUAUGAAGCUAAAUGAUUUUUGCACACCACCCCAAUCUCUGAGCAAUGCAAGAUUCCAGGGGUUCAAGGCCCUUACCCAGUGUUUGUGUUUCCUUUGGAAUGAGGAACAGCAGAGACUGUGGUGUCUUUAUGAUAUAUGAUUUAUUUACACAUAUAUACACUCCAAGAGGUUCUUGCUUCUCCCAUAGCUAUAGCCUUGGAUUCCAACAGAAAUCAAGCGUGGCUCUGUCUUUCAGCUGCCCAGCCUACACACUUGCUUCUACCUUCUAGCUCACAUACACAACUCAACUCUCAACUCUGGCCUUUGUCUUUCUACCUACCAGCGAUUUAAGGGUGUGGCCCCCCACCCAUUUGCUCUCUAACAUGGAACCAUUUGCUUUGUUAGCUUAACAACCUGUACCUAGGCCAUCACCUCACCAGCAAGCUAGCCUGGCCAUUCCAGAAUUUUGAAUCCAUCCUGGGUCCAGGAGUUAGAAGCAUAUGAAACUAAUUCUCUUUUGUAUGCUGCCUUGGAUGGGCUUUUUCCUGCAAGCAACAUUUGAAUAAAUAAAAGCUUGGAGAAUUUGCCAUUUCGUUUUUUUAACUUCGUAUCAUCUUUCUAAUUUUAGCACCCGUCUGCUGUGGAACAAUUGGUUGGGAUUGGGGCAGUGGAGUUUUUCACUCAACUUCGUCCAAAUGUGGAUCCAAACCUACAGGCUGUGAUUGAUGGGAUUUUGGAUGGGCUAUUUGUGUUGCCUUCAGAAAUCUCUGCUGAUUAUCAGGAAGUGUCUUAUCAAACGCCCUUGCCAGCAGUGACUAAUAUAGGUAAGUUACACCUUUAUACACCAUUUUUAUUUUUAUUUUGCAAAGUGUGGGCCUUGUAUUGAAAAUAUCAAGUUAUUUAGCCCAGAUGCUAAACCUUUGUUAAUGGUAUCUGUGUUUGUGACUUCAGUGAUUUUCAGAGAGAGAAUUGGCGAUUUGAAAGUAUAAAUCUUCAAAAAUGAAAAUACUGGAAGGAAACAGAUCUACUUUUAAAAAGGAAAAAUGACUGUAUAUGAUUCAUAGAGUUAAAAAAAAUGAAGCUAUUUAAUACAGUUAAUGCUGCUACUUACUAUGGUUUUAUAUUUUUAAGUAUUGUCAGAAGAAGCUAAUGCUGGAUACUUUGAUCAAGGGGGAAAUAAUUUGCAAGAGAUGGGAAUACCACCAAAACAGCUAUCUGGUAGGUAACUUUAUAAAAAUGAAGUAAACAUGUGUUGGACAGUUUUCUAGAUUUGUUAGUGUGGUUGAACACCAUUGAGAAGGAAUGAAGUUUCAACCUUGUUUAAAGAUUGUUCCUUUUUUGUUUUACUGGUGUUUUUUAAAUAGAUAAACCCACCUGUAUUGUGGUUAUGGUGGUGGAAGCCUUGGACACCAGUUAGAUGAGCUGAUAUGUCAUGGAAUGUUCAUGAACAUUCAGAGCAAAUGGGGGAACAAAGUUUUCAGUUAGGUGAAGGAAGGGGAAAAUAUGUAUUUAUUUUUUGAGACUUUUAAGGUUUUUUCCAGCAGGCUCCCAGAGCACCUUAUAGAGCCAUUAAAAAAAAAAGUUCUGUCCUUGGCUUCCCAUCUAAAAGACAAAACACACAAGAAAAGUAGAUUGGAAGAGAAAAUAAGGAAGUUUGGGUGCAAGGAUUUCUCCUGUCCAUACUAAUAGCAUAGCUGUUGCCAGUUGACAAUUGAUAAAAGGAAGGAACCUGAUUCCUUGGCAAAUUGUCAGUCUGGCUAUGAUUAAAACCUCACAUGGUGAGGAAAGAUAGGCCUAGCCUUGCCUAUGCAGCAGGAUGAAGAUAGGGAAAAGAUCCUUAAUGUAGGGGAGCUUAAGGGAGAGGAUCCCAGAGCCAAUGUAAGUGAAAGAAAGGUACAGACUAGGCAGUGGCAGGGGCGUAGAAAGGGGAGUGUGGGGGGUGCGGUCUGACCCAGGUGUCUUCCCUGAGGGGGUGACAAAAUGGCACACCGCGGGGUGGGGGCACUUACUGCGGGGCCUGGCCUGCAGCGCGCCCGAACCACACGUCUCUUUUGGGAGUGAUGCAGUGGCUCUGGGCCCUGCGCUGCCCAAAAUGGCAGAGUGCAGCUUGCACCUGCCAGGCGGACUCUGUGGGCAGCUCGCCACGCCGCCCCCAUGGGCGGAUCUCUGCCAUGCCCCCGUGGGCAGCUUGCCCCAUCCCUGCUACUUCAGGUGCCAGAGCAGCUAGCUAUGCCCCUGGGCAACGGAUUGAGAAUCAGGUGUAUAAGAAAAGAUAGAUGGCAUGGGGCGGGGGGAGGCAGAAAAACUAACACCCGAGAAAGAGUUAAUCCAGGAGGAGGGGAUCUUCAACUAUUGAACUUGUUAACAACUUAGAAGUAAGUUUUAUACCAGUGUUGGAAUUUUAUGCAAUCAAAAGGAAGUGCUUGGAUACCAGCCCUAAUUGGCAGGUGGAACGAACAGCUACAGUCUUCUUCUUUUUCAAAAAUAUAACCUUGGAUCAAAAUGUUUUGUCAAAAAUGUACCAGUUUGUCUUUUCUGAUAGGCUUCUGUUAAUAAUCUUUUAGAUUGCAUCCCUAGCUUCCCCCCGUCUAGUUUACAUUUAGAAAAUGGCUCUAGGGCAAAGCAAAACAAACAAAACUCUAGCUCAUAUUUCUUACCAUUUAAGCCUUUGAAAAUUAGUGUUGGGCAUUGUAGGUUUCAAACAAUGAAAAAGGUAUAUUGGGAUGGGGAAACGAGAUAAGAGUCAUCCGCUAUAGGAGUGCUUAUCAGUUUCUACAAUGGAAACACUGAAUGAUACCUGUUUGCUCUGUGUUUCAGUAUAUGGCACACAGUAAAAAUAGCCUUUCUUCCAUCCUCAGUGAAACACGGCGUGAAAUCCUUGAAAUUUUCUACAUUUCCAUGGUUAUCCCUGACCACGACAGAUAGACAUGUUCUUUCAUCAAGUGAAAGGUAUGUGAAAUUAAUUGUAGCUUUGUUGUGUUCUGUGAAAGGGAAUAAAAGUUGCUACGUUUCUUCUUUAAAGUGCAAGUUCUAUAAGAACUGCGGCAGUUUUCUUUUGUUCUGGAGCAAUGCACGGAAUUAUUAAUGAAAGCGCUACCUGUUUGCCUCGUCUCCUCCCUGCCCACCCACCCAGCGUGUAUGUGUGUUGUUUUAAAAAAUAAGUUUCCUUGAGCCUUGGUGAUAGGGUGGAAUAUAAUCAAAUCAGAUAAAAAAUUAUGCCACUGAUGGAGUAUAAAGAGUUGAUUACUAUAGCUUUGCAAAGCAAGUUCGCAGUAAAAGUUCAAAUGUACUUUACAGCUCACUGAGAAGCAAAAAUCACAGUUUAAUUUGGAAUACCUGUGAGCUUCUACAAGAUGUCAUCAUGCAAGACUUUCCUGCUGAGAUAUUUCUUCAGAGACCAAAGAUUGUUCAGGUUAGAAAUGCUUUUAACUAAAAUAUUUCAUUUAGAAGUGUUAGCGAUUUUUGGUUUGCUUGCUUGCAUAUAUGUUUAGGCCUAAGUUCUAAUAAUGGGUGACUUUCGUUUACCUCAGAGUCUUCUGUCGCUAACAACAUUGGCUUUCGGAAGAGAUGGACAACACCGUUUAGCCUUACAAGCUGUCUUAUGUCUGCAGCAAUUAUGUACCUUUUUAAGAAACAGACUGAACUUCCAUAGAGAUCCAAGUUUUGUCUCAAGUGAAACUGGUUUGUAUCUUUCUCCCCCCCGCCCUCUCUCUUUCAUUUCAUUGAUGAAUUGCUUCCCAUAAAGUUUCCUGAAACAAUUGAAUAAUAAACAAAUCAACAAUAAAAACACAUAUUAAAAGAAUGCCAACUUCAGCACAGUUCAGCACAGAUUCAGACUGGACUAAAAAUCCCUACUUGGUCAGAAAAGGAUAGGCAACAAAAAGAUAUAGCUAAAUCAGGAUAAAUUGACUCUUGAUUAGACAUUGGCCAGAUACUUUGUUUCUCUCUCCCCCUCUAUCCAUUAAAUAAUUUAUAGUUAUAGUAAAAAUUGUAUAUAUAAUUGCAUUCUUGUUUGUUUGUUUGCAUUUUUAACCCCAUACUUCCUCCAAAUGUAUCAUACGGAUACAUCUCAUAAAGCAGUUAAGUUACCAUUAGAUGCCACUCAGGUUUCUUCUACCACAAUGUUGCACACUUCUUUUGUGUGUGUGUUAUUGUUUUCAUGUUUUUAUCUUCCAAGUAUUGAGAGACAUAGUGCAAUACAUUUCUGACUUAUAUCAUUGUAACAAUAAAUCAGAUGUGGUGGUGGUGAGAAAACAUGGCAAUAAACAAGUUGAGAUAUCAGAUGAUUCCAUUAUCUUACGCUGACCCAAACAAUAUAUGUAGAUGAAUGUUUACUGGUAUCCAACUAUACCAAUCUAUAACAUGCUUCAUUUAUCUGUUUGCUGGAGACUGCUAUUCAGUCCACAUUGCUAAUACCAGGUGGGGUGAACAUAAGGAAGAGAAAACACAGGUGGUCAGGAUUUAGACUUGCCUUGCAUAUUUUAUUAUUAUUUAUUAAAUUUAUAUUCCUCCCUUCAUCUGAGGAUCACAGGGUGGUUACAGUAUAAAAAUACAAAAAUACGAAACGUAAUAACAAACAAAACCAUAACCCCUCUCCGAUAUUAUUUAUGCUUCCUGCAGCUAGGAAGCCUGUUCCUCCUUAGAUAUUUUUCAUAUUUACCUGAGUUUUGCUUGAAACAACAGUGUGUUUUCUGGGAAUCAAAGUAUUUACUGACAGGAAGUUGGUAAGAGAUUUAGACUCCCAAGAGAUAGUGUAUCCAACUAGUGUUGAUACACAGUUGCACUGGCACAAAGAUGCAACAGAGAAUAGAGAGUUGUUGAGGCAAAUAGUGCAAAGAUAAUUAGUUUGGUUCUGCUUGCCUCACAUAGGAUGUUAAUAUAGCUGUUGAUGUGUAAAUUGGCAGAUCCACAGCUCAAGCUAUCGCAUGAUUGUGCCUCCUGUCUCUGCCUUACAAGUUUUUAGGUUCACUAAGUAAGCUUGAAUAUAGAAGGAAUGCAUCUGAAGACAAAUAUUUGAUCAAAGUUCACAGCAUAAUUCAUUAAAGCAAGUCUUUUUACAAGUUUUUUAAAAAACAUUUCCAUUGCUUAAAAAAAUAUAUAGUGGAAGGAAACCUACCAAAAUAAGAAUUAUUCUAGAUAAAUUUUUAGUAGCAAAAAUAGCAGUCUUUCCAGUGUUGGUCUGAAGUGCAUUGACCUAAAUCCUGGCUUAUAUUCAAUUGUAUUCUACUGGAUAGAAAACAUUGUAAAUUUCUUGAAGUGUUGUCCAUCUUAUUUGUUACGUGCUUGCUGCACACAAAAGCCUGAUUGUCAUUAAUGUCAUAUAAGGUACCAUUUCCCAGAAUUCCUCAGUGUCUUAUGGCCAUGAUGCUAGAAGAUCCGUUCAUUCUCAGAAUGCAUCCCCUGGAAGUAGUAGUCCUCGACCUUCCGUGAUAGGACGUACAGGUCAGCGUCCCAGAGGUGAUGGUCAAGACUGGGAUGCAGUAUCUUCAAGGUUGGCCAGUAACAUUUUUGUUGUAUACCAUAUACUUGUUAUCCUAUUUCAGUCGGUAGCCUCUGUUUGUUUGUUUGUUUCAAAUUAAAGAUUGGAGCUUCUGUACUUUAAAUGUGUGUUACUAGCCUCAUGCGUUAUAGAACCAAGCUUGAAACUUUAAAUUCUAUUAUUCCUGUCUAGAAAUCUUUACAAAUGUUGGACUGCACUGUAAGCACUGACCAUGACUUCCUGUAUGGGACAGCAGUGCAUAGGCAAAGGGGUGCAGAUAUAGAGCCAUCUUCUUAGAACUGAUUGAGAAAACCACGUUAAGAUCCCCAUACAUGCAGGGUUAACGCAAUAAUAGGUUGAGGGUCAUGCAUGCUGAAUGAACCACGUAAUUCAGUGCAUUUCUUUUUGCUUACUGCUAUUGUGAAUGAAUGAAUGCCAACUGGCAUGGGCUUCCCAAAGCAGCUGGAGUCUUGUAACUGAUAGCUGCUAAUUCACCUGGAGGGUGCUCAGUGCUCCUGUGUGAAGCAGGUCUUCAUCAAGAACGAAAAUAACUGCAGAGCUAAUAAGCAGGUAGAAGAAAACAUGUCUCUUUUCAGAGACUUGAUGACUGGCUCGUUAAUCACUACCUUUAGUCGAGAAGCAACGCAUCUCUUAAUGUCCCAAAUUACCUUGGCAGACAGUAUGCAAAAUGUAGUAUUUGGAAUUGCGGUGUUUCUUUUUAAAUAUGAAGAAUAAAUGUUCACUGUACUCCUGUUCCAAAAAAGUAAUACUUACCAGACUCUGUAAAUCAGCAAAGAGAUGCAGUGCCAUCUUGUUAGCUUACUAUUAAAAAUAGCCUUGUGGUUGUACCUUCGGCUUCUUGUAUUCAACCUCUUCUAUCUGAAGGCUGCAGUAUUGUGAUAGCUUGGCCUAGUUUUCUGGUAAUUUCCACCCAAUUUAUGCAGUGAUUAUAGAAGCAACUUUGGCAAGGUUUUUCACCAAAAGUGAGAGGAGCUGAGUAAAAGGAACACUCUGCCUAUGUCGUGCAUCACAGUGGUGCAUUGAGAAGACUACACCACUGGUAUGUUGGGUUUGAGGUGUGGAUUGAGAAGGUAGAAGAAAGUGCCACCAGACAUCCAAAAGUGGUCCUCCAGUUACAGCAUUUGACACGCAACAUUUCCUAUGCAGUUCGCUUUUUGCUACUUGCAAAUAGUAGGAUAAUUUGUAUUGUGUAUCAAUAAGGUUGUUUGUUUGCUUUUUGCAGUGGAAGCAGUUCUCAUGCUAAUGCGAAUUCAAGAGUUCACUCACCUUUGGAUAUGGGCCAUACUGACCUGCCAGAACUGGAGAAUGAGGAUACUUUAGAGUUACAGUUCCAACAGCUUAGCCUUCCUCAGUUCUGUGUAGCCGUUUUGGAAUAUGCUGUGCCUCUUCUAAGAACGGGUAAUUCUUUUUUAAAAAGGAAUUCUGGGCUUAUAAUAGGCCAGGUAUUCUAUAGCUGAAGCUUCUAUUCAUUCAAAAUGUUAAGAUACAUAUAUAUAUAUAUAUAUAUAUAUAUAUAUAUAUAUGCGCACAUAAUUUUUAUGCAUGAAACGAGGAUACUUGGCAGAAGGCUUUUGAACAUAUUUACCUGCUGUGAAUCUCUGUGCAUUCUGUGGGCUCUUGCUAGGAAUCUGAGCAACUUAAAUUUUAUUAAUGUGUCCAGCAGCCAUCAUGAAAGCAAACUUCUUUUGAAAUCAAUUUCUGUGUUUGCUUCCGACCUCACCUCUGCUUUACACUCAUUUUAUAGCUUUGAGCAACUCCAUCUAGUUGAGUGAUCUUUCCACUAUAACCAAAUAAAUGCCAGACAAGAGCGAGUGACUUCACCAAGGUCACUAAGUGAGUUUGCUAAGCAAGUAGCAGGAAAAGUUUUCAGCAGGGAACAAAAGGUCGAAACAGGAGGUGCCUGCUGUAUCUCUAUUGGCAGAGUAUUCCAUAAGACUGGGUCGAUGACACUAAAUGGUGUAUUUCGGGCUGAUGUCAAAUGACCUUUCCCAACUUGGGGGACAACCAACAUCUGGUGGAUGGUCACAAUGAUCAAGCUGGGAUAUAAGGGUUUAGGUGGUGCUUAAGGUACCUUAGACCUAAGUUGUUCAGGGCUUUGUAGAUUAAUAUAAGUACCUUGAACCUGGCUCAGUAGAUGGGCAACCAAGUGCAGAUGUUUUAACAAUGAUAUAGCAUGGACUACAAGUGCCAGAAGGCUGAGGUGUGCUACUCUCUCAGUCCAGUGCUGAACAUAGCCCUAAAGCUCAGAAGAUAAUAUGGUGCUUCUGAUGCCCAUCGCACUGAGUUGUUCCAGGAGGACACCAUGGUCAAUAGUAUCAAAACCUGUGGAGAGAGCAAGCAGAAGUAACAGGGUGACGCUCUCCUGUCUCUUGCGUUAUAUAGGCUAUCCAUCAGGGUUUUCAUGGCUAAUUCAGUUCUGAAACUGAGUCUUAACCCAGAUUGUAGUGGAUCUCAAUAACCAAAUUAAUUAAUAGAAAUUCCUUACUGUAAUAGCCUUCUCUGAUACCUUACCUUUACCUGUGUAAAUUCUCAGGUAGUAAGAAAGUGACCAUGCAUGUUCUGGAGUGUCUGGCUGAGGACCUGCUGCUUAUUUCUGAUGCCGUGUCUGAAGAUGUUUGGGAAGACAACAGUCUCUUUGGGCUGGAACUUGUGAGUAUCUCUGAUAUCUGUGUCUUGGAUUUGUGAGUCUCCCUUUGUAGAAAUGGCUUAGAAACCUCCAUUUCCUUUAUAUCGGUUUCUAAUCCAUUUUAUGUCUAGAAUUUAGAAUGGGCCGCAUAUGCAUAUGUUUUUAAGAAGCUAUAACGCCCCCCCCCCCCAUUUUGGCUAGUAAUAUAAUAAUUUGACAAAUCCUUAGAAGUCCAAAAUAGCUGAACAUUCUUAAAGCAGAAAUUCAUCAAUUAAUCUGUGUAAGAAUGCUCUGCUUGAAUCAAACAUAUAAACCUGUUUUUGAGAAGCAUAUAACAUAGGGGCUUGCUGGACUUUUAUGGAAAGAAGGAAUUUUCACAGCGGGGGUGCCACCCCUGAGGGAGCUCUGCUAUAGCAGGUCUUACUUUUCCAGAAAAAGUUACGUGGAGGCAGCAGUGACACAAAAUUUCAGAACAUUUUGAAACCAUGCAAGAAAAAAUGGAAAUUUUGUGGAAAACUGAAGGCAGCAGAAACAGAUUUUUUUGGGGGGGAGGGAGGAGAAGUCCUUGGGGGAGAGUAGACACAGGAUUCCUCCCAUUCCCCCCCCAUGAGGUACCACAUCCCUUUGUGCAACAGACUUCUCCAAUAAAUUGUAACAAUUGAGGAGACUAAAAUAACUUUAUACCGUAUUUCUAAAGAGCUAUAGGGAACCAUCUUACAGCAUGAGGACAAGCUGAAAAAGUCUUUAAAAAGAUGAGAGCACAUGUGUGAAAUUCACUGGAUGUCGUUUAUCUUGUUCUAAGAGUAUCUCCUGUAAUGACUGAGUACAUCCCUGUCAUAUACUUUUCAUAAAUAUUGAACUUGAUGAACUUCCUUUUAAUUUGCAGAAGGAAAAACUGCUUGGAGUCCUAGAUACCCUGGGUGAAACCAUGUCCUACCACAAAAAUAAUGCAAGUUCAGAGCAGCCUGAGCUUGUGAUCAUCCACCACAGAAUGGCGUAUGUUAGUGUUUCACUUUUCACCAUUCGACUACUGCAUUCACUUAUCCCUGUGGAAAAGGUGAGACUCUUCCCUACUUGAAAGACUACUUAUAAAAAAAAAGCUUACUUGGGUAGAAAGUACUUUUCAAGAUUUAUAUGGUCCUUCAGAUUAAAUAAAGAUCUAUUACAAAUACACAAUACAUAUUAUGAAAAUCAGUAAAAUCAGUGCGGAAUGUGGUAUAGUUAUUCUUUUGAGUGAUAUGCACUAUAACUUCACUUGGGGCAAAAAGUGAAAGCAUCUAAUUUAAACUUUAAUUCUUGCUUUAUUCCCUAAUGACAAGUGUCCAGUCUGCUACAGUCAGUAACAGACAUCUGAUAAUUUGUAUGUGUGUGUGUUUGCCUGUAUUUGAAAAAAGUGGAAAAUGUGCUCCAUAAAUAUUUCCUUGUAGACAAGAUUAAUUUUAAAAGGUUAAAAUGCAUUCCUGGAAGCAGGUGGUUUAAGUUUGAUCAUAUCAAUAGGUAAAAUUUCAUUAGCGAUAACCAAAUAAUAUGUUCUCCCUAGUUCCUGAAAGCAUUUAGGCCAAUAAUUAGCUGAUACUAUUGUUUUAUGUGUGGGUUUUUUUGACAUGGUAUCAGCAGGUGCUUAGUGAUUUUAUUCAGUACAGAGAGGUGACUGAAGAGUUCAGUUUUUUUGGGGGGGGGGAUCCUUAUUACAUUGGUUAACUAUCAAAAGACUGUGCUGUUCAUGCAGAUUAUGCAUUCAUGAAGCUGGGAUAAAACAUUAGCACCCCGCUGCGUCUUAAAGUAUUUGGUGUUGGAGCAUUAUAAAGGAACAGUAAAUCUUAAAAUGUGGAUUAGGUGUGCUGUCUGCCAUCUGGUGGUUAAAGAAAAUAACGUAGCUCAGCCUACAUCCCAGUUAAUCCAGAUGUGCUUUAGGGUUGAUGCACACAGUAUGUAUCCUGCACAGAGAUAAUUUUUAUGUACUUAAAAUAUCAUGUGAAGCAGGCCUUAGUUCUAUUUACACCCAUCCUGAAUGGGGCAGGCCUUCUCUUUUAAUUUUGUUGCUUCUUGACCACUAAGGCAAUAAAUGCAUAGCUGUAGCUGCAAAAGCACAGCAAAGAUGCUGGCUGAACACUGUGUGGAUCCAGCUGCUGUAAAUUCAGGUGCUGUAUGUCCCACCCUAAACAGCUAUUCGCUGGUUCAGAGGCUUUAGCUGUCAUAGCCAUUAAAGUGGUACCUCAAAUUACAAACGCCUCACAUUACAAACGCUUCAGGUUACAAACUCCGCUAACCUGGAAGAGUCACCUCGAGUUGAGAACUUUGCCCGAGGAUGAGAACGCAGCAAAAGUCCCCAUUAGCGAAAGCACGCCUCUAGUGAAGAACAGUUUCAGGUUAAAAACGGACCUUCGGAAUGAAUUAAGUUCAUAACUAGAGGUACCACUGUACUUUCUAAAAUAGGUAACUUGUGGGUGGAGUAGAUAGCCAAUGUGGUGCCCUCAGAUCUGGUGGACUGUGAUUACUGUUGAUCCUCAGGGAUCAUGGGAGCUGUAGUCUAAAACAUCUGGAAGGCAAUGCUACAACAUGUAUACCAGAGGUUCUGCAAUAAUUUUUUUUGAAGUAAGAAAGGUCUUGUUCGGAACUAGUGUGUGUUCACUCUCCCCUUUUUAGAGGGGAAGUUCAGUACUUAGGAUACCAUCACUUAACAGUUCCUGCUACACCAGAAUGUGUGGAAACUGAUAUCCUCAGAUUAAUGACCUGAAGAGAAGUAAUAAAGGAGGUGGAGUAAUGCAUGCUAGGUCCAGAAUUUGAAAAACCUUAAAUUCUUCUUAGAAGCUCACUGAUAGUGCCAUGUGUUAUAUUGGUGAACUUCUGUCAUUAAGAGAUGGGCUGCCAAAUUUUGUGCAGUUUCUGUAUGGUUUUAGGGGUUGUUCCCUGUGCAGUGCAUUUUGAACUCAAAAUACACAGCCUUAUCUAACUCGGAGAUUGCAACUGUAACCUCAUAUAGGAUUUUGCCUUGGCCAGUUGAUCACUUUUCGGCAUUGUUGUUUAGCUCAAAUUCUAUAGGUUUCACCUCAUGACCACACACAUCGCUUUGAAUAAAAACGUUAGCUUAGCACACCUGCGGAUAAAUGUUCUUUUUUUUUUUUUGAGGGAAUUGUUUUUGUUAAAAAAUAUUUACAAAUGGUCAAUAAAUAACAUAAUAAGAAUAAUACCUAAUUUUUGUACUUAUUUGCAAAUAGACUCUUAGUCUGUUCUGUCCUCCCUUUCUUAAGGCUGACAGUGUUUUACCAGAGAGUUUACUAGCGGCUUUAUUUGACCUUUCCGUGGACAUGCCUUUCUGCUUGGAAUAUCCAAGUAUUCAUGACUCUGUCAUAGCUUAUUUGGAACAAAUGAAUUCAGAAAACUACAGCAUCUAUAAACAAGCUGCAGAGGCUGCCUAUUCUGUUGAGUGUACCUGUAACUUUAUGGCGGAAGUCCACAAGGAGGUAGGAAACAUUGAAUUCAGUGAUCCAAGUGGGGAAUUUUAUUCCAGUUGAUUUUCAUAUAUGUUGUGGUGGUGUCCUUUUAAAUAGCUUUUGGAUAUAUAUAUAUUUUUAAAAAUUGUUUUGAUAUAUGCAAAUGUUUUGGCUGUUCUUACAUAUGCAGUUGCUCUGUGUGUUUUUAUUGUAUUGUAAAUCACCUCAGGAUGCGUCAUGGGAAGCGACCCGUAAAUGAAAUGAAAUAAUAAUAAUAAUAAUAAUAAUUUCUUGACAAUUUAUAUACCACUUAAUUAUAAUGCUCUCAUAAGCAGUGUAUGAGUAACUCGGUGCAAUCCACCCUUCCUCACUCCAGUCAAAACUAUAAAAUCAGAACGUAGGUUUUAAAAGUCUCAGUAGCCACCAGCAGGGAGAGAGCCUGUCUUACCUCAGCUGGAAGGGAGUUACAUAAAAUUGGGCCCACGGUACUGAAUGCCAAGCUCCUGCUGGGAUACAAGCCAUGCACCCGAACCAUGGGGAACCACAAAUAGUGACUUUCCCUAAGACCUCAGUGAUUUGGCAGUGUAAACUGUGUAAUGGGGUGAAAGCCUUUGUUGAAGAAUUAUUUCAUCAGUGUUCCAGAAUAAGGGCAAGAGGGUGAAGGUCUACGUUUUACCAUUCUGAGUUCUUUUCAUCCUUGGGUAGCGAGGAGUGUGAGAACGUGUCCUUUUGGGGGGUAGAGGACAGCUUGGCCUGACUAGUGCAUGGGUAAAAAUGUCAUCAAGUUGUUUUAAUCUUAUAUAUGCUUGUUACAUCUCAAGAGCUAGCCCUGUUCAUAGUAGGGUUAGUUUCUAAGAUGUAACAAGAUAAUGACAAUAAUGGCUAUGUCAGUUUGUUGUGUUUUACAGAUUAUAUUAUUUACUUGUUGCCAUCGCUAUCCAAAGCACUUCCUUGUCUCUACUGUUCCCUCUGUGUGGAAAAAUAAUCACGUUGCUACUCAUGAGCAACCUUAGAAGUUCUCUUAGCUGUGUUGACAUAAAUGAUCUUCCUGUAGUGCCACACACCCUGCCAUAGAAUGAGUUGCACUAAGAUUAUUGGAGGUAUUUUGAGAGAACCAUCUAUUGCCCCGUGGUAUUUCAAUAGUACACCCCUCUUGGAUUGUACGACUUAGUGAAAUCACGCUGCAACGUGGGCAGGCUUAGGCAUGCUUGAUCUAUCCUUGGUCCUACUUGCCAAUAAAAUUCAGUCUUGUGUUAUUUAAGUGUGUUACAUGGUGGUAUUAAUGGGUCUGCUGUAGACUAGUUCUCGGUAUACGUGUUGCAUUUUUGACAGCUACUAUUCCUAGUUGCAUCCAUUGUAAUUAGCAAAUGAUUACUUGUUUGAAAGAUAAUGCUUGUUCAUUAACCUUUAAGUGAGCUGUUUCAGUAUUUUUAUAAAAAAAAUAAAUUCUGUGAUUCAUAUGUACUCUUUCGUAGGGAGAAAAUAAUCUUCUUGAUCUACUGGAGAUGGUAGAACAGGCUCUAAAAAGUCUCCCAUAUCAUCAGCACUUCCCUCUACUUCAGGAAUUCCUCAGCAUUUGCUCAGACAUGUAAGCAUAUGGCAACUUAACUUGCAAGAAAGCCCCAUGUCAUGAUGCUGGAGACAAGAGUACAAGGCUAUUUUUAAAAGUAUGGGGCUAUACUUAAAUUGUUACGCUGUCUGUCAUAAAUUUAGCCAGUAGUAAGUGCUGGCUUACAACACAAUCCUAUACACUCCUAUCUGGAAGUAAGAUUGCAAUCCUGUCCUUUUAGUUAAGUGUGUAUAGGAUUGCAGUCCUGUCUUACGUAGUGCCAUAGAUACACAGGAUGAUUUGCAGAGCAGUAAAUAUGAAGAAGGAGGCUCCUGCUCAAGGAUCCCGCCGUCCCUGUAGUCCGCCUAAGAAUGUUGGUUAAAGGGUACCCUUUAAAUUGUACAAAGCAGUAGCAGCCUGUAUGGUAGGGCAGAGUUGCAGAGCUGUGCUCCCAACACCGUACCACUGUCCUCAUAUUCACACAGGAAAGUGCACUGUAGCAUAUGUUUCUUCAGAAAUCAGUCACAUCCUCACCAUGCAUUUAAAGUAAUGGCUUCACCCAAGGAAUCCUGAAGGCUCUACUUUUGUUAUGGGUUGUUGAGGUGGAAAGUUACUAGGAUGCCCCUCACAGCAUUACAGUUCCCAGAGCCCUUAGAAAUGACAGUUCUUAGGAUUCUUUGGGAGACGCCAGGGCCGUUAAAGCAACAUAACUGCUUUAAAAGUAUGGUGUGGAGGUGGCCAAAGUCGACAGCCUAACAAUUAACCACACAGCUACAAAAGAUGAGGAAGUAACUGAAUUAGUUGUAAGCUCACGAGUGCCUUGGCUAGGGGGAAUCUGUACCCCAAGGCUUAACGAAUUGGCUGCCCAUGUCUCAGAGCAAUUAAUUUCUCUUCGUAUUGAAUUAUUUCUGUUUGUAGCUGGAAGUCUGCCCAAGCUAGCCCGUUGCUGCAGGCAGAGAGUCAGAAGGUUCUCCUCCAUCUGUUGUCCCAUCCUCUGCCGAAUAUACGAACUGAAGCCUAUCGCUACUGCCUCAAAACUGUUAAGGUUAGCAUUUAAAAUGGCUUGCAAUUUACUUCCAAGCUAAAGAAAGAUUUCUUUUUCUUCCCUACCAUUUAGUAAUCUCAUAGGAACAGUCCAUUUCAAAAGCUGCCUUAGUCGUGUUGGGCUGAAAACCCAGCGUUUUGCUGUAUGAUGUUAAGCUUGCUUGGCAUGAAUUAUGCCUGAGCACGUUCAGAUUUUUCUGAGUUUCACAGAGGAGAGGGAUGUGUCUACAUGGUUUCUUUGUCUCUAUUCCCUGUCCACCUGCUAAAUCAUACUUUAUUAUAGUUCUUCUCAUUUGGUGUAUAUAAAAAGCUGCUCGCUUAAGGCAGAUAAACAGAGCCAACAGCCCAGCCCUUAGCAUCCAUUUUAGUUAAUGGUGUCAUUAUUAUCUUGCUGGAAAUAGCUUGACUGUUUGUGCAUGGCUUCAAUAUUGUCAAGACAAUACUUAGCUGUCUUUUAUGUAAUCUUUCUAGGAAUGUUUAGGAAAUCAUAAUGCCACUAAACCUGUUUCUUCAGUCAGCUAUGGAAUACAUUUUCUGCUUCAUCCCAAAGUUCUCUAUGAAAUCUGUAGUUUUGGCCUUCAAGAUUCCCAUCAUGAGGUACUAUAUUUUCUUCAUCUUAUCCUCUGUGAGUUAAUAAGUAUGUUGAGAGGUAUUGCAUACACCAAAGAACUUUCUAAACGUCCAAAGUUUUUUCUUUCAUUCAGUGGAAUUUACCUCAGAAUGUUUCAACUGAGUCAUAAGAAUGGUGGGGAAUUUGAAGAAGACCUUGUAUUUUUUUUUAAUGUGACUAAGUUUCGUCAUCAUAACAAAAUUCUCCUCUUCUCCCAUUCAAGGGACUUGGAUUCUGGGAAAUGGGGCCUUGCCAAGUGGCCCUUUUCUUCAUAGUGUUAACUGUCCCUGCUGUUUUUCAGUGAAGCUAAUAUGAUGUUUCACUGAAGCUAGUAUGUAACCAUGCUUUCUGAACUUUUGAAGACUCCUUAUCUGGAGCUUAUGAUUUAUGUUGCAUGUCAAAAACAACACACAACUGCUUCUAGCAGCACUAUGUUGUUUCAGGCAUAGGAAAUAUUCUAUUAUGGCAGCUACUGUAUAUAGAGAAUAAGGUGGUGUGUUGAUAGUAAAAGGAACAGUUGUGACAAGUUUGCAAGGCAUUACUAGAAUAAAAUCUCUCAUAUCUUUGUUUUAGUGUAUUUGCUAGUGUCUGUAAAGGUGUUCAGAGCACUGUCAGGUCAUAGAUAAUUUUCAAAGGGUGGUAUUAAAGUAAGUUUUACUUUGAGUAGACCCGUUAAAAUAAAUGAACAUUAGUUACAUUCAUUAAUUUCAAUAGUAAAACUAUUGACCCAAUUAAUUUCUUGAGUAAAACUGACUUGAAUACCACCCAGUAUUUUCAACCUGAAAAUGUGGACAAGAUGCAGCCCAUCCUAUGUGGAAGUGGUCUAGGCACUCAGGUAGACUGGUAUGGGAAAGUACAUUUGUUGUCAUGCAUCUGGGACCCAGCUAUGUUAUUCUAUAUAUUGAGUUGUGGGAGGAGACACAGUCAUUGUCUACCAUCAUACUGUUGGGUUUCUGAGCCUUCAGGGAAUGGUUCCAUACCUUUUCAAGCUCGUUCUUCAUUUUGAAUGUGAGAAACGUUCAGAUCAGAGAUUUCUUACCAUAGAUUCGGUACCAGGUUUGUUGACAUGUACUCAAAGGAUAGAAUAAAGUUCAGGUAUUGUGCUGAGAUUUAUCCCCCCAUUGCAGUCAGUCUGCUCUGUGGGAAGUAAGCAAAGCCAACCACCAGUUGUAAAACAUGCCCUAAACCUUAAGGCACGGAAGCUCUUUUUGCCAUUUUUGGGUGGAUGCCUUGCUACAAGGCAGCUGAGUCUUGCACUCUACUUGAAGACUAUUUGAUAACAGUAGGCUCAUGAUAGUAUUUCACCACAGUUGGAUUUAAAACAAAGCACAAAACUAUUUGAUGUUAAAGCUUCCAAGGCACAGCCUAAUUUCCCUUUAUGGUACCAACAAAUUGGUUUGACCACUCUUUAUUCUGCUACCUUGCCUUCUCUCAUUAAAACAGGUGUGCUCAGCCGCCACUUUUAUGCUGAUGUAUCUUCUUCAGGGCCGAUUGAUGAUGGCAGCAGUGACCUGGAACAAGUUUAUUGAGGCCCUCUAUCCUGUUGUUCCAAUUCUUCAGGUAAUUUCGACUUCUCGGAGCACAGUUUAUCUUGAACUAAGCUUAAUUGCUUUGCCAAUAGGAGCAGCAAUGACAUUACACAAUAGGGAAAGAUGGAUAUUUAUAAACAUGGCGGCCAGGCAAAUAAGGAAUGGAGGAGCAAUCAAUAUACUUGUUUAUUGGAUAUUCUGAGUGAAUGCUGGAGAACAAUGUAGCAUUAGGCUUAUUUCGAAAUGGGAAAGCUUAAUUUCAAAUGGAUUAUCCAGCAUUUUUCUGAAUAGUUCUUCAGAACCUUAUUCUUCCUAACCAUCUUAAAUCCUCAUUGAUCCUGACUUGGGGGACAAGUUAUAGAUUUCCUUGUAUAUCUUGAAGUUUCUUGGUAGCUCAAUUUGCUGUAGAAUCAUCGCUCCUCCUAUCUCAUGAGAUUAAUCCCAGCCAUUUUAUGACCAUGAGAAUAGUAGUGCUGAUCCGAAACACCAGAGGUCACUUUUAGAAACAUGUGAGCAUACAUGUUCACUCAUUCAUGAAAUACAAAUUGGGGUGAAAGGUUUACCAUACAGCUUUGGUGUGUAGUGAAACUACCAGAACAGUUUGGAACGUGUGUGUUUGUGAUCUUUUGAAAAUUGAAAAUAAAAUAAAAUAAAGAAACUGCCAGAACAGUGGGGCAAAUCAGGAUUGAUGGGGGGCAAUGGAACCAUAUACCCUUUCAUACUCCCCUCUGAUGCAGCAGCCAAUCAAGGGAACAGUGGUUGUGAACUGGUAUGAAAAAUGUACAAAGGCUUUUUUUCUUUUUCUUUUUAAAUAACGAAACAUUUCCAGUCUUCUGAAAUUAUAACUGAACCUCUCGAAAAUUUGGUGGAGCACUUGUUCAUAUAGUGUUGAUGGUGUUGAGCAACCACCCAUCCAAUGAAUUUGGCCUACAAACUUGAAAUUGCCCAUUACUCAGGGUGAAUUUACUGUUGCCAAGAAAAUUAUUACAAUGCAUGACUUAUUAUUCUGUUAAAUGGCCGAUGUGAACUUUUAAAUGCACACUUAGGGCUAUGCAGACACAGAAGACGCUCUGGGUAGUUGCAUCCUCUCACUGAGUGAAACAAAUGCUGAAAAAGAAGGGAUUCUCCCCAGAACUACAAGACUUAAAGCUGCCUUGCGUCUUCUGUUCUCAAAAAAACCAUUGUGAGUAUAUCUGCAAUUUUUGUGUGUGUGUGUAUGAGGAAGACUGGCAUUACAUCUCAUUAUGACCUGCUUCUUGCAGAGAAUUCUAGAUGAACUAGAUUGACUUUCAAGUGCAGGUGGUACUGGACACCCCAAUAGUAAUUUUUCUAUGGAAAUUUAAUUUGGACUACUUUAAGCAAGGAAAGGGGGAAAAAAUGUAAGGGACAAUGCUGCCACUCAAUAAUUUUUCUCAAAGAAAAGUAGCACCAUCAAAAUGCUCAGAAUUAAAUAAAUUAGGCCUAUCCGUAGAUCUCCAGACACUUGAUUGAAGAAGAAGAAGAAGAAGAAGAUGAUUUUGGAUUUGAUAUCCCACUUUAUCUCAAAGCGGCUAACAAUCUCCUUUCCCUUCCUCCCCCACAAUAAACACUCUGUGAGGUGAGUGAGGCUGAGAGACUUCAGAGAAGUGUGACUAGCCCAAGGUCACCCAGCAGCUGCAUGUGGAGGAGCAGGGACGCAAACCCGGUUCACCAGAUUACAAGUCCACCGCUCUUAACCACUACACCACACUGAAGCGCAGGAGCAAAUAAGUAGGGGGACAUAGUUAGGUGCCACUGAAGUAGAGUGAGCAGCUGAAGAGACUCUUUGUUUACAUCUGGUUGGUUGGUUCUUUAUAUAUUCAAACACUACUUCAGCCCAGUGUGGUAUAAGAUAUUGGGGAAGUUCAAGUAGCAGGUGUACUGAAAACAUUGCAUCCUAUUUAGAAGGGGAUGGGGACUGAACACCAAGCAUUUCUGCAUAUAUGUGUCUACUUUAAAAUUUCAGGGCAUUGGGUAUAAACUGAAGAGCAGGAAAUGUUUUCUAGGGAAAAUUCAAAGCAUACAUUUUAUUUCCUCAGAGUCCGUUCCACGGCGCUCAAACACUUGAUGUUUCAUCUUACGACUGAAGACGAGGCAACCCUGAGGCACCCACUACCACAGAGUAGUGUCCUUUCAAGCAUCCCUAACUUACUUAUUGUGGAAAAGACUGUUGAACUCAAGCUGGGAGAUUCAGCAAGAGAGUCAGUAUUUAAGGUGAACAAAGGAGCCUUUUAACAGAGAUUGCUAGCAUUGAACUGGAGCUGUAUCCCCCAAUGCAAGAGGGUUCUAGUGUUGAAGAUGCUGUUGGAAAUAUUCUGUGCCAGCGUUGAGGAGAAGCAUGGGUUUCCUGGUAGUCACUGUGGCCUGAGGGACGUGACUGAUCCAGAGGAAAAUGAUAGAUAUGGAAAGGAGGGAAAGGAACAGGUUAGAGGAGAGAACAAGCUGUGGGGUGAAAGAAUCUGCUGUCAUGGGGUCCUACAGAGAUCGAGCAGACUGAAUGAAGCAUGGAACGGCCUGAGUGAGGAAGAGAUCCAGGGAGACUGUAUAAGCAAUUUAAAAAAAUUGGGUUCCUGAGGCGGAAGGUCAGUCAACUGGCACUUGUUGAGGGAUACUUCGGGUAAUGCUAACCAAUGAAAUAUGUUAGUCCAUGUUUCUAACUUCAGUCUGUUUGGGUGGUCUUAAAGGUGAAGGUUCUGAGCCAAGUGGGGCAAAGUAUCCUUAGUCCAGAUCGUAUCUGGGAAUCAGUGACAAGUUUCCUAUGUACAAAGCAGGGGUAAAGGAGUUUAUUAAGGAAUGUCCAUAGUUAUUGAUAAGACAGUGUGAGUUGAGGCAAGAAAGAAGCUUUUGUUUUCACCAUGGUUAAUUAAUGACCAAGCGUAGGAUCAAGCUUCUCUUGGCAGCUGGCAAAGAGAUCAGGUGCAGAAUUAGGCACUGGUAUCCACCUGGGAUUCUUGUACUUUUUAUAUUACUGUACAUUGUAACUAAAUUUACUUCCAAUGAGGCCCCAAGGACAGCAAAACGUACAACCACGUUGUACAGUUUGCCUGUAGAGCAAAGCUAAAGAAGGAGUUUGUGGCAUAUGCAGAAACGAACACCUUGGCAUCAGUACUUUAAGAGCAGGUAUGGACAACCUUUGUCCUUCCAGAUGUUGCUGAGCAACAACUUCCAUCAGCCCUGGCAAGUGUGGCCAAUGUCCAGGGAUGAUGGGAGUUGUAGUUCAGCAACAUCUGGCAGGCGAAACGUUCACCACAUUUUAGGGACUUUGUAAGACCUCUUGUCCUCAAAUUGCUGUGCAGUCAGCCCCAACCAGUGUAGCCACUGAUCAGGAACGAUAGAAGUUGGAGUCCAACAAUGGUUCCCUUGCCCUAGUAUAAAAUACACUAAAUUGAUACUGUGUUUGUGCCCAAACGAUCCCCUCUAGCCACUUAACAUUAGGCAGAAUGAAACAACAUCUGAUCAAAUAACCCUUAUACAAUUGAGCUGAAGGUGUCUCUGCCCCUGGUGGGAUUACGAAGGCAAAUAUUUUUCCAGAUAGAUAAUGGUGUGUAUCAUUUUAUUUUUAGGCUGAGACUGUUGAAAAGCUGUAUGAUAUCUUUAUCUCGGACACAAUUGAUCUAGUUUUGAGGAAGUCAGCAGCUGAGCAGCUAGCUGUAAUUAUGCAAGGUAAAGUGUUUUUCCUACAUACUUUUACCAGCAGCAGUUCACAGAGUUACUUCCUCCUUGGGAGUAGUUUUGGCCUAAUGUUUUAGGAUGGAUACUCCAUCUAACCCCUUUUGAGGUAAUCUUUUGACUUGGAUUGAUUAUUUCAGGAAUGAUUUAUUCUGACAGUUGUAAUAGAUAUGCACCCCAUUGACUGAUAUCAUUAUCACAAUAUUUUGAUAUUAUUAUCACAAUAGCAAAAAGGAUGUGGAGGGAACAAGAAAACAAGCGAAUUCAGACACUACGGAAGCAAUUGUAACUUAGGUUAUGGAGGGGUGGAGCUGCAGACCCACUACCACAUCCCAAACCCCGCCAGUUCACACUGAUUAGGGCAGAGGAUGUGUGGGGUGGUUUCCUGUAACUUUUUUUGCUAGGCAGCUCUGAGCUGAUGUAACUGCAAUGGGCAUAAAGGUGCCACAUCCUUCCCUGAAACACCCUGUUUUCAUACUUUCUGAUUGUUACGCCUGGUGGGGCAUUCAACAAUGGUAGCUUUCUGCCCCUCUGGCCAAAGCUGAGAUUUCCAUGGUGGCCUUUCCUUCAACUAGUGGUACUUGUCUUACCUGAAAGAGUCUAUUAGAGAGGUAAAAUGGCAUCAGCAUGGGACUGGGAGCUAGAGUGUAAUUCUAAAUCAUUAUAAAAUUUACACACAUUUUUGUGGCUCAGAUAGAAUACUCAGUUGUGGGAAGGGAGGGAUAAGGAGCCAAGGUUGGUCCUAGCUGAGCUGAAACAUUGAACAUGGCUUUGUUGCAAUUGAGUGUUCCCCUCACUGUGAGUAGCAACUAAUGAAAUGGGAUACCUCUUAUAAUGAUGAUGCGGUACAUUUUGCGUGGUCCAGAGCAGGGUCUUCCAACAUGGCACCCACGGGUCCCCUCCCCCACCAAAAUGAGACUGUUGUGGGCAGUAGACUAGGUUGCAGUGAUGUCCUUGGUUGCAGUAGUUGUUUGGUGUUCACACAGUUUGCAAAUGUGCUGCUGGAUCCCCAAAAGUUGGCAACUGUGAUGUAAACUAGAGGCAGGGAGUAAUAGCAGUAGAGGCAAGGCUUCUGUUUUCAGUGGAAUCAUAUGGUUAUCAUAACAGCCAAUUCUAGCUUAAUGAUUGCAGGGAAGAGGCAUGCUUUCAGGGUGUCCUGGGUUUUACUUUUUGAAAUAUGGCAACUCACAAGUGUCUUCAAAAUACGGUGCUAAAUUAUUAGUACAUGUGUAUAAUACAUGUACCCAGCAUUUGACGCCUGCUAAUUUCUGUCUUACUCCCCUUUCUAGAUUCUAAAAUGCAUGAAAUCAUCAAAAAGAUGGGUAUCAUAGACAAAAUACUUUCCUACUUUGCUGAAUGUGUUGACCAGGAUGGCAAGGUAAAACAGAAUAACAACAGGAUGUGACUUUUUUCAGCCUCCUCUUUCCAUCUCAAAUUACUGUAUGUUUGAUAAAAAAUAUUUCAUAUAGGAAUUAGAUACUUUAAAAAUUCAGUUGUAAAAAUAGGCAAUUGAACACCCCACUUUAGUAUUUCCACUUGAUGAGCAAAACUAAUUGAGUUAUUUGGCUGUUACCUUAACAUAGUGAUUAAGCACAUGCAAUUCAGUGGAAGAUAUCUUUCAACUUCCUGUUCUUUAAACCUGUUAUCAUCAGUCUGUAUGUAACAACAAAAAAUAACCAAUGACCAUAGUUCUGAAUCUGGGGAAAGAGACUUGCAAUUUAAGAAUUCACAAUAGUUUUAUCAAAUAACUUUCUAGGUUUGUGCCUUCAAUAUUCUUGGUGGGCAUUUUUUUUUUAUCUGAUAAAAAUACUAUUUAGACUUUGAUUAGGUAUAGUAGGGAAAAUAAGUAUUUUGAAGAAUGUUCAUUUUUGGCUUUGUCAUAUAGUAGAAGAAGAAACACUAUGUUUGUAAUCCUUGGGCGCUAAACCAUGUACAAAACAGCAAAAAUACAAUGAAAUACUGCAUAAUACAAUCCAGUUAAACGUAAUCUAAUAAAAAAAAUCAGACAUAAACAGUCUGCAAAGUCUCAGUAACAGGUUUUGUUUUUCUGGUGUGGUCACUAGCCACAUUGUGCUUUCCUCCCUCUGCAUGUGAAAGGAGAACUUUUGAAGUUUUGUCUUGCAAUUUUGAACAAACCAUAGGUUCCCUUUUCCUCAAAAUAUGGGAAAGUAUUUUGUGGUUUGCACAAGUCACAGAUAGUUAUCAGAACCAGGAUAUGAAUGUGAACCGUUGUUUAGGAUUAUGGGUUAAUUGCACCAGUGAUAUAUGAGGCUUCUAUUCAUUCAGAUUUGCAAACUUCCUUGUUUAGAGUGGAACAAGUGUAAAGGUAUGAGUAGUCUUACUUCAUCCUUGUAAUAAUUAUCCCACCCAAGAUGUUACUACUGAACCAGGUUAUGUCUGCUUUCUGCCCUGUGACUGAGACACGACCCAGUUGCAGACUCCCCACCACAGCAAGAAGAGACAAUGCAUUCUAUAUAUGUCUUGAAUCUCUUUCAAAUUUCAAUCUUUAUUAGCCUUUGUGAGUGUCACAGAGAGAGGAAAAUGCCCUAAGGAUGAAAAAGAUGAAAGACAUGUUGUGAACUCGUUCCAUUCCAUUUAUACCUUUACACCUGAAUAUUCAAGCAUGAGUUUAAAAAUGGUCAUUGGUCCUCUAGGCCUGGGACAAUGGACCUGUAUAUUAAAAGAAAAGUGAAAAAUUAGGGCUUAUUUAGGCUUUUUGAAUUCUUUUUAAGUUUCCAGGGAAGCAGAGAGGGUUGGGAAAAAAGAGAGAAGGUACGCAAAGUGCCGGAUGGCAUAAUGCAUUGCUGUUAAUGAAACGUUUUCUGGCUUUGGCAGGUUAUGGGGUGUAUGAUGUUGCCAUGUCUUACCCUGUUACGGAAACUUACAUAUGCAGAUCCAGCUAAGCGUCUCUCCCUGGCCAACCAGCCAUCUGUCUUGCUGGUGUUAUUUAGAGGUAACUUUACAGAAUUAUAGCUAAAAACUGCGCAUAGCCUUGUCGGUCCAUUAAGGAGGAAAAUGCAAAAGCCAUAAGAGGGUAGGAUUUUUACCGGAGUGUCGCAUUUUAUUUAUUCAGUUAGUGGCUUAAAUAUCCAACAUCACAUUGUUGCUUCAGAUAUUAAGGCUAGGAUGGCCCCAAAAGCUUACUUUUAAACUAGUUUUUAAUGAAUUACAUAGAAUUGAUUUAUCAUGUUACGUGGACCCGUUUCUUUAUUUUAAAAUCUGUUUCUGUUGUACAGCACAAUCUUACACGUCAGAGAUGGGGAACUUGUGAAACCUCCAGAUGUUGGGCUACAGCCCCCAUUAGCCAGUUGUCAGGGAACCGUAGCCCUCUAAGUGUUGGAACUAUGGGUUCCCCAUUCCUGCUACACAUGUUUGUUUGGAAACAAAUUAUUCUGUUUUAAAGGGACUUGCUCCUUAGUCCUUAGGACUGCAGCCUCUGUUUCCUUCAAAGAAUACUGUAAUUUAAGUACCAGUUUCUCAUAUACAUACUCAUUGAAUGGUUUUUGAUUACUGGAAUUCAACUCCAUUGGUCUUAUAAAUAAAUUGCUGCCUCCUGAUUUAUUUGACCCCAGGACCACUGGCCACGAUUACUAAUGGUCUGGAAUUCCAAAACUCUGUCAACAAUUUUGAGCUGAUUCACUGUGUUCUGAGGUUGCUGAUUCACUGUUGUGAACCUCAGAUUAAACAUCUGAAUAAGUAAUCAGCCCUUGGAGAAAUGCUAUUUCUAAAUGCUGUUUCGUUUUAGCAUUUUCUUUCCAAAAACUUUAAAGAUGUAUUCAUUACUUUGCCUGCAGCUAUAUAUAAUGAAUUAAUAUUUCUAGUACUUCUCGGAGAUGGAUUACUUUUAAAAAGCAAAUCCAAACUUGGCAGUUCUACUGUAAUUAGUAGUUUUAAGGCUGCAAUUCUUUGCACGCUUAACAGGGAGUAAAUCUCAUUGAACAAUGGGACUUGCUUCUGAGUAGAGCUGCAUGGGAUUGUGUCGUCAGCAGACUUGAAUAUUUGUAUAACCCCGUGGUCAUGCUGCUUGGAGAAAUAUUUUUAAUUCUUUUUUUCUGUUCUUAGUUUGCUUGUUAUUCCAAGAUUAUGGUGCUGUCAUGAGUGAAGCAGCAGCAUUGCUUUGUCUACUACUGUUUGAUGAGGCAUCAAGAAAAGAGAUGUGGUAGGUGGAUUUAUAGUGACUGCUUUUAUGCUCCUUUAUUUUUCUACCAAGCAAAAUACAGUGAUACCUCGGGUUACAUACGCUUCAGGUUACAUACGCUUCAGGUUACAGACUCCGCUAACCCAGAAAUAGUACCCCGGCUUAAGAACUUUGCUUCAGGAUGAGAACAGAAAUCAUGCUCUGGCGGCGCGGCGGCAGCAGGAGGCCCCAUUAGCUAAAGUGGUGCUUCAGGUUAAGAAAAGUUUCAGGUUAAGAAUGGACCUCUGGAACGAAUUAAGUACUUAACCCGAGGUACCACUGUAUUUGUUCUCCCUGUUCCAGCAAAGUUAAAUGUAAAUUAUAAGCAAGAACUGAGCAAUAUUUGACCCGUUGGUCUAAUUAGGCUCAACAAGUCAUGAAGAUUGGCCCACCGGGCCGUUUGGGGCAAACCACAUCCAGUUUAUUGCACCUUAUGUUUGAUACGAUGCCAGGCGUGGCAGAAAGGUUGAAACUUCACACUGCAGCUCUAGAGAGUCCCCUGAUACUCUGAAGAAGAUCUUUGAGGAGCCUAGUGGCUAUAAAUCAAAGACUGCAGGGAGCCGCAUCUCUUUGCCCUUCUGUUGGUAGGGAAGUCCUAUGAGUGGAACUCUUCUCACAGGAUGCUCCCGCUGGUUGGAGCUUUGUUAGCAUCUAAGCCCAUUAAUUUUGGAAGCCUAAUGCUAAGAAGUUCUCUUAAGGUUUUAGUCCACGGCCCACUAAGUGUUUUGUCCAAAUGAACUGAAGUUUUUGGCAGGCUUUAACCAAAAUAGCCUUAUAGGGUACAUACAGUAGUGAGAUUUUUUUAAAAGGCCAUUGUAAUCAAUUUCAGAAUUAAAACACAUGCCCAAUGUUUUGAUCCUACACUAGCAGUUAAUGCAUUAACAGAGCUUUUAGUAGCUUAAUACAUAUUGGAGUUUGAUCUCAAAGGUCAAAUGCAUUGUUAGGGAUAAUGUGUUGUGAAUUUUUACUGUUGGUGAUACUGCACAAGCCCUUUUUGACUAAUGUUUUGAUUUAUUAAACAAUUAAUGGUAAACAACUUUAGAGCCAUCUAAACCAGGCAUGGGCAAACUCGGCCCUCCAGAUGUUUUGGGACCACAACUCCCAUCAUCCCUAGCUAACAGGACCAGUGAUCAGGGAUGAUGGGAGUUGUAGUCCCAAAACAUCUGGAGGGCCGAGGUUGCCUAUGCCUGAUCUAAACUUUCCAUUUUUAAAGAGUAUCUUAUGCUCUUUUUCAGUAAAAUAAAUUUGUUUUUCACUUAUGCACACACACACUUUCUCAAAAGGGGUUGGUAUCUUUUGCUUGGUUUUCAAAAGUAAAAUGUUUUAAAAGUAAAUUGUUUUUUUAAAACUGUGCCCAGUGCUGCAGCUCUGCUGGUGCAAUUGACUUCCAUCUAUGCAAUAGAGCUUCCUCUCCUGCCCCCUCCAGCUCCCUGGGUGCCCUCCAAAACCAGCUCUGGAGAGUUGGGACAGUGGUAAUGGGAGAAGAGUGAAGCAGCUACAAUUUUGGCAGUGUGGAUCAGCACACUGUGAGUUUGUUCUAAACUAAGGCCCUUGUGUCAUAUCACAAUGCAUUCGUUUAAGUGACAGGGCAGUUAAUUGAUUAACCCAUGGAGUGCUUCUUUAAUACAGCUAUCUUCCUUGUUUUCUUUUUCAUAGGGCUGAUACUUUCCCCUGUGACUCUUACAGCAUUCUUCCCUUUAGUUUGCCUGUUUCUGUUGUUAGACGGUAAGUCUCUCCUCUCUGCAUCUUUAAGAAAGUUGUAUCCCUGGUGUUGUGGAGUGCCUCACCAGGAAGUGCCAUCAACAGACCACUUCCUAGGGAAGCCACUUCAUAUGCACAUCAUGAAAGGUGUGAAUAUUCUCAUACUGAAGCAUUCUUCAGCUGAUGGAAUAAGUAGCAGCAAGGUCUUCAGAGUGUAUCUUCAGGAAUUGCAAUAUGCAAUUUUUGUAUUCUACUCUAAGUCGCUUCUAAGCUAGGGCCUAGCAAAUGAUAUAGGAUCAUUUUAACACCACAGUGUUGUGGAAGCAAAGAAGAUGUGGGCCCUUCAGUUCCUUGGAUAGGAGACCGCAGCAGAUCGUGUGUAAGACUGGGAUAACAUUAUAACAAGAAGAAACACCUAAAGUUUCUUUUAAGCCAUAUACAUACAGAUUAACAGUUAUUGCCAGAAGAUUAGCAGAUUUAUUAAGUUUUCAGAUGAUAAAGAACUAUUUUAACUUUUGCCAUACCCCCCUUCUCUCCUUAAAGGUAUCAUCUGCCUGUCAGAGUCAAAGCUCAUCAUGCUGUGAGCCCCAAUUCAGUGGUGUUACCAUUUCCUUGUGAACUCUGGGCCUCAAAACCGGUGUCAGACAUGCUUAAAAUGGCUUGGAACUUGUCUUGGUUCCAUGGAGUGGAUAAUUUACUGAAACUCACUGAUUAUGAGACAGGAACCAAAGAGUAAGCUAUUCACCUUCAUUGAAAAUUCCCUCUUGAAUCCCUUCAUGUGCUAGAAUUUGGAGCAGGAAGACUAUUUUGGGUGAAGGAUUGGGUGACAACUGGAAUUUGUCUGUGUCUCCUCCAGCACUGUACGGUCUUAUCCUCUUUCCAUUGACUGUAAAUGUAAGGAGAGCAAAACUGGGUUAACUCUGGAUGCUGCUUCUAGUUAGAAUGUGUGAUUAGUACAAUGAGACUGUGGGAGUCAAAGUCAAAGUUGUGGGAAGCACAUAAGUACUUAAGAAGAGCUCUGCUGGAUCAGAUUGUAGGCCCAUGUAGCAUUCUGUUCUCACAGUAGCCAACCAGUUGCCCCCGAGGAACCCCAUGUGCAUGACAUUAGUGCAGUCGCUCUCAGUCAGCCAUUAGCUCAACCAAUCCUGUCUACCAGCCAUCCCAACUGUCUAGCCUGCCUUUUGCAUACUUUUUCCAAAGAGGGGAAAUUAGUGGUAAAGUCUUCCUAAAGCAGAGCCACUUGUGUUAAAAGUAUGGAUGGUCCCACAAAUGUCGUAGGAAUGUCCAUUAAGGCUACGAAACGUAGAGAUAUAGUUCCCAAAGCUUUCCCAUAUCAGUUCCUUAAAGACAAGACCUCUGCCAUCCAAAGGUCUCUCUACUAACACCAUCGCACAACGGGGUAAGUUUGGGAAAUGGAAGGAGAACACUAGAGAGGCAAUUGAUGGGAGAAGUCCCUAAGCCUGAUUCCAAAUCCAGUUUGAUUCAGUCCUUGUAAAUUAGACUUGAGAUUCAGAUAGAGGAUGGGGGUGCUUGAGUGCUAUAAUUAAUUAUAUAUCCUGGGAUCUCCCAAAGAAGAUACUGAAUACUUCCGUGAAAUACUACUUUAUUAAUAAUAGCUAAUAAAUGAAAUGUAUUUUCAGUGAUAGAUCUUGUAUUUUGCAGACAGCCUCUUAAAGCAAGACGCAUGCUGCCCAAAGUUUCAAAUCAAGAAAAAAAUAAUUGGAUCAAAGCCAAUUUGAUCAGAGAAGACAAAAUGUUUGUUUUGCUUCAUUCAGUAGUCUCUUGUAAAAAAAGAAAUCCUCAACAAUCAACUGAUUUCCUUUUUCAUUUCAGAUUUCCAGACACAUUAAAGCUCUCCUCGGAGGAUAUUAUUACCCUGAAGAUAACUCAUGCAACCAGUGGGCUGCAAGAUUGUCUUAAUUCAAUCAUUCGAGCAGUGUCCCACAGGGAAGUUCGGGCCGCCAUCACGAGAAUGAAUUUUUACAUUCUGAAUGACAGGCUGGCAUUAAUCUGCAGCAGUGGCCCUUGUGGGGCCACUUUGAAGUGCUUGGCUUGGCAAACAGCAUUAAGCAGGUCAGUGUGUAAGUGCAAGGUGCAUAACUGGCUACAAAGCCGCCUGUCACAGUAGAUUUGGCUUUGAAAGUUUCAAAGAUAUCCAGACUCUUUGGAGUCCUUCUAAGCAUUUGGCACUGGAAUAAAUAUCCUUUAAAGUGGUAAACCCAUCUGUGUUUAGCAGCAAGCAGAGGGGGAGAGUGCUCAGAUUCAUAGCCUGACUAAGGAUAGAAUGGGACACAUGCAACUGAGUCACGGUCCUCUUUCUCUGCCCAUAAUAUCUACUAUUAAAAAAUAGUAAUCAGCUGCCCCACAUCUGACGAAUUUCCUCCAGCUAAUGAAUUCAGUUUCAUUGGCUGCUUUCUCAUCCCUGUGCAGUACUAACCUAAUCAGAGCCCCUGGCAGAUAAUCGGAGCUCAGCUUGCAUUAAUGGCUUGGGCUGAGCAGUGAGUGGUUUGCCCCUUUUCUCCUUCCCCCUUCAACCUUGUGCCCCUCCUGCCAGCCUGUUGGACGCAAGUAGAUCCUUGGGCAGUUAGAUGGUUGUUGUUGUUGGUGUCUCCAGGUCUGUCUGUCAGUGCACAUAGAGGUAUCUCACAGAGACAGUGGGAUAGACAAAGGGGUGGGUGGUCUGCUUUCUCCUCUGCUAAACUGUCACGUGGACAACAUGAAAUUUCAUAACUGCAGCUCAUGAUGAGUCAAAACGAGUUUUAACAUUUUCAUGCUGGCAUUUCGUACUGAGCAUUUUCACUUGCCAUCUGUAUGUUACUGCUAGCUUUCUUCACAUAUCUGAGUGUAUCCGUAUACAGUGGUACCUCGGGUUAAGUACCCGUACUUAAUUCGUUCCGUAGGUCCGUUCUUAACCUGAAACUGUUCUUAACCUGAAGCACCACUUUACCUAAUGGGGCCUCCUGCUGCCGCUGCGCUGCCGGAGCAUGAUUUCUGUUCUUAUCCUGAAGCAAAGUUCUUAACCUGAAGCACUAUUUCUGGGUUAGCAGAGUGUGUAACCUGAAGCGUAUGUAACCUGAGGUACCACUGUUAUUCAAGCCUGAAAGAUGGAAUGGGGAAUAUCAGUCAAAGCUUAUGAUACACCUGUGAUAAUGCUAAAUUCUUGCUUAUACUGAAGGUUUCUUCAGGUGCUUCCAGCUUCUUCAGAGGAUGAGAAACUCUUGAUUGACAUUGUAUGUUUCCUAAACAAGUUUCUUAAGGAACAGAAGAUUAUGUCAGAUGUAGAACAUCUAAAAUGGAUCAUGGAUGUAAUCCUAAAGCAUGUAAGACCCUGACUAACAACUGAUUUUUUAAUUGGGGAGCAGGCAGAACAAUCUAACCCUCCUAAUCUACUACACUGGAGGGAGUUUAGAUGAGAUAGAGGUGUCUGUCUUCAUAUACAAGGCAUGUCAUCAAGGGCAAUGGAGCUCACCUGGCUAACAAUCUGCUGGAUCCUCAGCUGGUCCAGCUACCAUCAUAUUUCCAGACUUCAGUGGCACAGUUGAAUUUUCUAACAAGUUACAAAUGGUGACCAGCGCAGUGCUAGAGGCAAACAUUUUCAGGUUUGAAAGGUGCCUGGCAUCUCCAGAUGAGGCUGGAAAAGAUCAGGUAACAGUGGCGUGAAACGCCUCUGUGGGACACCUUGAGAAUUUGCCUGCACUUGGCUGGAGGGACCAAUAGUCUGACUUGGUCUAAGGCAACUUCUUUCAUUCAUUUGGUUCAAACAGCAGGAAAGAGAGAAGCUCAGUAGCAGAUGACAUGCCUUUGCUCACGUAGCUUCCCUUUGCUGAGUGUCUCUGCUGGUAAGCAAUAUAGGAACUGGUGAGGAGCUUGGAUGUUGCAGGUACAGCAGCAAAGCCAUUCUCUUGCGCAGGCUACACAAUCGUAUUCUACAAAACAGUCCCAACACAGAUACAAAUUAGGGGACAGAGUUCAUAUGCCGAGCAACAAAAUGUUGCAGUUUUAAGUUCUGGGGAAAUAUGAUAUGUGUACUAUAGAAUUGGCAAGAUACUUGAGCAUCUUGCAGUGAAUGAGUAACAGAUAAGUUUUUAUAUCAUAAAAAGAAGAUCCCCCCCCCCCAAAAAAUAAGAUACCUGUUGUGUCGGGAAAGUGAUAUCCCUAGAAGCUGUUCCAGGUGAUAAGCCACUCUAAUCCUUUCUGUCUGUGCCAGGAGUCUUGCCACCAUCUAGUUAUUUGAAAUUUAUGCCUUACUGGAAAUGGAACAACUUUAAUUAUUCCUCAGUUUGCUUUGGACAGUUCAUUAUCACUAUUUUCUUUAGGUAAAACAUAGUUUGAAAUGCUCCUCUGUGUGACAGUCCGAUUCCCCAGCUCUGGUGGAGAAUAAAUAAUGAAAUACCUGCUCUGAUAACAUCUCACUGAUCUUCUCUGCAGAAUCCAAAGUCUCUACUCGAUCUUGUAGUGCAGCCAGAAUCCCAGCAACAAGAUGAAAUAGAUGACCUAAAGACUGCUGUCAGGCAACAACUGCAGAAAGAAUUGAUUGCUUUCUUGAAUACACUUCUGCUCAGCUUCAUGUCCGCUACUGACAGGUACAGCAUAAAAGAGUUAUCCAUAAGACAUCUUAUUCUUAAAAAUAUUGUUGCUAUAUAGCAUGGAGAGGUAGUUUAAUAUAUCAGGUGUUGGUCAUGCUGCAUGGAAUGUGAUUCCCCCUCCCCCCACAUUUGGUUUCUUUUUCCAAAAUUCUGUUAGCGCCAGCUUUCAUUUUUACUGGAAAGUUACAUGUUUGUGAAGAAGAGUAUUUGACAUUCAUGCAGGAUCCACCUUGACCUGUUGAGAUGCUUGGGAUGUGGGGGGCAGAAGAGACCCCAAAGCAUUUUAUGAAAAGUGCAGUCACUUCACAUGGCCAGCUGGGCCUAAGUACUGACCUGCAUGAAUUGGGAGUGACCCCUAAAACACAUCCAACACAUUUCUGCUGCUGCUGCCUGCCUGAUUUCUGCUUUGGAUUUACUUUAUUCUGGUCCUCCAUCAAGGUCCAUUAGACUGGCAGGUAUCAUUUCAGUGGUGACCCCACUUGAAGCAGCCCUGAUUUUUUUUCCUUUCUGUUUAGCUUUGUGUUGUGCUGACUUUUAAUGUAUGCUGGUUGUUUGUUACUGCUGCUUUUUUAUUAUUUCUGUUCUGUUUUGAUUCUUUGUAAGCCAUAUUUUGAGGGUUUCUCAGACUGAAGAGCAAGGUAUAUCUUUGUUACAUAAAUAAGUUUUGUCGGCUGUUUCUGAUCUUUCCAUUGAGGAACCCUGGGGCUCUCUGGAACACAGGUUGAAAACUGUUGGCCUGUACUGGUGAUUUAGGGGCCAGAGCUUUGAUGAAAAGUAAGAAAGACUUUUUGAACUUGGCCAAUAUGUUUGCAGUCAACUGCACGCCUUAAGGCUCACAGGCAGGGUGAUGUCCUGACGAAACUGAAGAUUGGACAGUAAGGUGCCUGCUCAUGACUAUCAGAAGGAAGAGCGCGCCAAUGUGUUGGCUUAUAAUAUUCUUGUAGCACUUAAGCACCUUCUGCUUGAAUGCAAGCUACAGAACUCUUGUUUUGUGGCAGAUAGGUUAAUCUGUCUGCUUUUUCUCCUCUUCUCCCACUGUUUGCAAGGGCGAGUUAUUAUUUCUGAAUCAGUACAUACAUUACUUAAUGCCAAGGCUGAAGCUCUGGAGAUUCUGCAGCCAUGUAUUGGCUGGACAUCUCUCCAGCUUCUUCAAGCAUUUUCUCAGUUAUAGUGAGGUCCCUGUUAUAUCCAGCAACAUAAAAUGCCACAAUAUGGUGAGGCUUCCAUAUUCUGCCAUCAUUGUUAUCUAUCUCCUUUGCAUGCCCCCUUUCUUCUUCUAGUACAUUAGUGUAUCUGAACUUAAAUUAUAUGAACUAUAGAUUUAAACAGUCACUGUUGCUAUCCAGUGAGUAAACUAAUUAAUUAAUAAAUAAAUAUAUAAUGCUAGAACCUUGAAUCUUACAUUUCAUUACAGGAAAGACCUAGAGCUUACUGGCUAUUUCCGAACAGAACUCGCUCUUAAACUUCUGCAGUAUUUACGAGUAACAGAUGCCCCCCAUUUCUAUGGAUUACCUUCUCUGGAAAGAACAUUAAGAGGCAUGGUUCAUGUCACUGCACUCCCAGGCUGGAGUUCGUACUCUGUUACAAUGGAGCCAUUCACCAUUUGUAAGAAAUACUUAGCAGGGCUUCUUGAGGUUAGUGAAUUAUGAAUACAGAUCUCAAUGCGACCGGUAAGCAGAAUGCAGUGGGUUGGAUCCAUAAUGCCCUUUCCACAAAUGGAAGGGCUGCUUCUGUUUGUGGUAGCAAGUAAGAUCCAGUAGAUGCUCCCACUCAAGGAAGAAGAGGAGGUGAUUUUUCUAGCCACUUCCUACACCAUUCUGAUGCAUCCUCCAGUCCUUCAGAGCAGCUUUUCUGGAAGCUCAAGAGGAAGGAUUGAUUUUAUGACCAACACCCCCCUCCUCAACGCAUGUUCAGUGGGUUUACGCUGUAAGCAGAGUUUUGCUCACAGGAAGUAUGGAUCCAAGCCUAUGCAUUAACGUCUAUUUUUUAUUUUUUUACUAAUGGAUAUUGAACUUCUGGGACGCGGGUGGCGCUGUGGGUAAAACCUCAGCGCCUAGGACUUGCCGAUCGUUAGGUCAGCGGUUCGAAUCCCCGCGGUGGGGUGCGCUCCCGUUGCUCGGUCCCAGCACCUGCCAACCUAGCAGUUCGAAAGCACCCCCGGGUGCAAGUAGAUAAAUAGGGACCACUUACUAGUGGGAAGGUAAACAGCGUUUCCGUGUGCUGCGCUGACUCGCCAGAUGCAGCUUGUCACGCUGGCCACAUGACCCGGAAGUGUCUUCGGACAGCGCUGGCCCCCGGCCUCUUAAGCGAGAUGGGCGCGCAACCCCAGAGUCGGACACGACUGGCCCGUAGAGGCAGGGGUACCUUUACCUUUACCUUUAUGGAACUUCUAAAAAUACUGUUAUAUAAUCAUGGCUUAUAAUGAUUACACAGGAGGCUGCUGCUUUGUUCCUUUGAAAGCAAUAAAUCCCUGGCACAGGAUCAUGGGUUAUUUUUCUCCCCAUGAAACUCCCCACACUGUAAAGCUAUUGGGAAAGUAUGUGUUUAUUCAAAAAGGCAUCAGUGCAGCAAGUAUUGCAAGAUAAGAUGUAGAACUUGAGGAAGUGGGGCUAGGGAGAAAAACCACAGGAUGGACUGUGAACUCUUGGCAGGAAAGAUACCAACAGGCAAGGAAGUUUUGCAAGCUAGAAGAACUACAAUUGCCAUCACCCACCUGCUCACCCACAAACAGCACUGAUGGGACAACUUUUGAAUGAACUCGUAUAUAUUGAUAUUUGUUGUUUAGUCAUUUAGUUGUGUCCGACUCUUCGUGACCCCAUGGACCAGAGCACGCCAGGCACUCCUGUCUUCCACUGCCUCCCGCAGUUUGGUCAAACUCAUGCUGGUGGCUUCGAGAACAGUGUCCAACCAUCUCGUCCUCUGUCAUCCCCUUCUCCUUGUGCCCUCCAUCUUUCCCAACAUCAGGGUCUUUUCCAAGGAGUCUUCUCUUCUCAUGAGGUGGCCAAAGUAUUGGAGCCUCAGCUUCAGGAUCUGUCGUUCCAGUGAGCACUCAGGGCUGAUUUCCUUCAGAAUGGAUAGGUUCUUCUUGCAGUCCAUAUUGACAUACUGUUCAGCAAAGAAUAUUUCAUUUCAUUAUACAAUAAAGCUGUUAGGCUGCAUUUGAAAGACGAUAGAUAAACCCAUGGAUAAGAAGCAAUAAAAGCUGGUUGUAGCUUCCUUUUGAUGUCUUUUUUCCACAGCAGUUCUUCUGGCAUUUAAAGCUAGGCAGAAGUUUGUAAGUAAUGCAGUAGAAUAAAGCAUGUGGGCUUCCUUAAUCUUUUAGGUCUCCAAACUCUUUUGGAGGUUUUCAUUAGGGCAGAUAUGUUGCCAUUACUGUCAUUAUGUAACAAACAUGUUAAUGUUUUUUGAUAAUCUGUUGUGGUAAAAUGGGGAAGAAGUGGGAGUUUAAAUCUGAUUUUGGAUUCUAUGUCACUUAGAUGUAUAAAUAAAAUAUUAUUUAAUAGACUUCUGCUUUUCUUUCUAAAUUCAGCUCUUAAAAUGUCAUUGUUGGCUAAUAACAGGGCUGUUUCUAAAAAGGGCUGGCCUUUUACGUAAUUGUUAGCACCAAACGGAGUGCAGAUGUGGAAGUCCUGCUGAUGGCUGAUUACAUAAAUUAAAAAUGGGAUGGGAUGCCGUGAUGCAUUUCUAAUUGGUGACUAAAUCAGAUGAGAUCUCAAUGUAGAGUGGCUUCUGAAAUUGGAGCCAUUUAAUUGAGGUUUUUUUUUUUUUUGUCUGCUUUGUAUUUCUUUCAAAGAAAGCUAGUAGCUCUUACACAGCUUUCCAUCUGAAAUGGUCACUGAACAGAUGGUGACUGCUUCUGCUUUUGUACUACAGGCUUUUAACCUCUUUAAAAGCAAAUUUGUGUGUUUACUUCGCAUAUCCCCAAAAUGACAAAAAUUAAUGAGCGUCUCUGUAUUAUAUUUGUACAAUCCACAAAUAGUCUAAAAAUUAUUGAAACCCUAAAUUACUUAGUGCAGUGUGUGUGAUGCCGAGCUAGAAAUGAAACAACAGGAUUUUGUCAUGAAAAUAACCUUCUAGUCUCUUGCCAAAGUAUCUAGCCAAGAAGCAAUAUCAAACUUCUCAUAAGAAAUAUAGAUUUGAAGUGCAGUACUCCCACACUAAACAUAUGUACUUCACUCUUCCCCUAACUAGCAACAGAAUUGUAGUCUUUAUCGUGCCAGAACCUUACAUACUGCUUCAUUAUGUUUGUGCCCGAGACAGCCAUAGAUAUUGUAAUAUUAUCUGACUUAGGUAAUAGACUUCCCCACCCCCUGCAUAUGCUGACCUUACUUUGUUACAAUUUUGCUUCUUUUGUGGAGAUUUGUUGAAUGUAAUAGUAAGAUGGGGGAAUUACCGAUCCAGAAGAAAGAGAUAGAUGACAUAAAGUGUCAUCUAGAGUUGCUUGACACAGGAACAGGAUUUAGAAAUGUCUGCUUAUAAAACUGCUCUUGAAAACGGCAUGGGAAAGUGUCUAUUUAGUGAAGUUAAGAACUUGUUGUCUUUGUGGGUGCCUUUGACUCACAUCUGCAAUUCAGCUUACAUACAUCAGAAUGUAGUUUGCGGUUAAGCUGCCAUUCUGUGUUUUUCUUUCCAGGUCAUCUCAUCUUUUUAUGUCGAAUGGGGAGGAAAUGCCAUGUCUUUCAUGGGGAAAGGUGUCACAAAGAGCGCCAUCCUUUGUUUGCUUCACUUGUCCCAUGAAAUGAUGUCUCAGGCUCCAAAUGCGGUAAGAGUAAUAACAGCGGCCCUUGUCUCUUAGCUUAAGCUACUCGGAUAACGUGCAGUUACUGACAGUUCUAAUUAGCUGUCAACUCUGUGCACCACCAGUACUCUGUGAUAGCGGAUUUGCAUUUCAAUGGGUGCAUUUGUUAUUGGGGUCCUUGGUAAACAAUUGUAAGUCUGAGUGUUAACACGAGCACCGUGAUCAACCUUUGCUUCUUCAAGCUGUACACAAAUGUGUUCAUGGAACAAAAAACCAUCCUUAGUUUCCAGACAGGAAUGUGUUGCUGCAGUAACAUCCAAGUGAGGCCAUAACUGUUGUAGGGAGGAGAGAAUCAGUGUGUUAAAAAUGUUUUUCAGAAGAGGGUUUGAUUAUAUACUUGGUGAUAUUAAUAUUUAUUUAUAGAAUGUGGGGCACAACUUGUUUAAUAUAUGUAGUUUAUGUGUUCUUUGCCCUAUUCUAAAAUCCACUGGAGUGGAAGUAGGAAAGGGUAAACCUUGGAAACUAGUACAGGGUUUCCCAAACUUGGGUCUCCAGCUGUUUUCGGACUACAACUCCCAUCAUCCCUAGCUGGCAGGACCGGUGGUCAGGAAUGAAGGGAAAUGUAGUCCAAAAACAGCUGUAAAUCCAAGUUUGGGAAACCCUGGUGUUUCCGAACCCCUACAUGGCCUGGUAGGGGUCUAGCUCCUCAGCCCCCCAAGAAAUAAAUAUUGAGAUCCCAAUUAAGACUUGGAAUAAAUAACAGGAAGAUUGUUUCCCACUGCAAUGUCACUCCUAUACUGGAAGAAGUUAGGCUAGAGCAGCUGAGCAUUUCAGCUCCUUGCAAUUUUCUACUCUUCCCUUGGCAUGAAAUUGUAUUUCCAAUCUAGUCUGUUCAGCAGUGACUUUUCAGCCCGAGCAGCUCAAAUGACUCUUGGCAUUCAUGUGGCUCAGACAGGUUUAAACUUUGAAUAGGUAGUUGUAUGCCAAAUGAAAAUUCUGCAUUGUAACUAACAAGUAGCAAUUGAGGACCACUUAUUUAAUUUCCUUCCAAGAUAUCAUUACCAGAUUUCACAUGGCCCUACUGUGCCUUAUGGUGCCCUUACCAUUGGGAUAGAAUCUCCUGUAUUUGCUCCUUAUUGUAGGUAGUACCUUAAAAGUGUACACUAAUGCACAAUUUUAAAUGCUGGAAUAAAUGAUGACUAGAUUGUGUUAUAUGAAGGCUACCUUAAGGUUAAGGAGUCAUCUGUUUAUCUUUUAGGACUGGAUACCUCUCUGGUUCUUGCCAUAUAACAGCGAAGAACAAGUUGUUUCUCAGCAAGGCUUGGCUUGGCUGAUUCCAUUAUGGGUAGACAGAGAUCCAGAGGUCAGUAAAACCCUCACUGUUGGAAUUGUUGCUUCAUGCUUGCAAUACAACAAAUAUGAUGAUGUUGUCCAAUCCGCACAAGGUCAAUUCUGCAUUUUUCAUAGCAAGUGCACAGUUGCUGCCUGGCAAGUUUGAGCAGCCAACUUUCCUCCCGACCUUGGAGGUGUGGAGGCAGAUGAAGAUUGUCCCAGCAGUUCUGUGGUGAUUUAGUGGAUGCUCAGUACAGAGUGAAAUGCUCUGCCCUCUGGAAUCAUUAGAGCCCUGGCAGGGAAGGUGUAUUGCGCUGUGCUAAAAUUGGGAGAAAAAUUCCAUGCAUUGCUUCCACUGGAGUACAAGGAGUGUUGCACCCAUCCUGCUUUGUCUCAUGUCCAACUCUCCUCCUGUAUAGCAGAGGGUAGGGAAACUGAUUUCCGUCAAGGACGACAUUCAAACCAUUUAAUUUCCCCCCACUAUCCUUCUCUCCCUCUGGAUUCCUCCCACCUGAAGGUUGGGGUGACUGUUUGGUGACUGGAAUUACUUUGUGGUUUCAAUGUGAACUAUUAUAGUAGGAAGCUGACACCAAGGAGCUUCACAACCAGUUGUACACUCACCUGUACUACAGCAGGUCUCCCAAGUCCCACUUGUAGAGAUGCCCAAAGGACUUGACUAAAUAAUUGCAACAUGUUGACAAGCUGUAUUAUGGCAUCUGUCAAUAUUAAUGAACACUGUAUGCAAACUUGUUAAUUGUACAUAGCUAAUAGUUAACUCAUAUAAGCUUUCUUUUGUCCUCUGGUACCUGUAGUAUUUUUGAUGCGGCUUUUGGCGCUUAACAAAUUGCUCAACCCUGGAGGAUAACAACAAUGGGUAAUGAAGGCUAAAGGCUGUACAUUUUGCUUCUUGAAACAUUUGUCCCCUGGGUAAAUUGAACACGGGAGAAAAGGGAGACGACAGCAGAGGAAAAUAUCAAUUUUUCAUAGCAAUAUAUUUUUUUUUCAAGAGACAAGAAAAGUGGGGAGGGCAGAGGUGAAAUAAUUUCUUCCGUUCCAACAGUACCUUAGCUACUUAUAAACUAAGUUGGCAUUCAAGAGAAUAGCUGCUGUUAACAGCUUCUUUUGCUUUUCAGUGCAAGGAUCAAUAUGAGAAACAUGAACUGCAGAACAAAAGCCUCUUUCACCUUUUCUGCUAUAAUACAUUGCCUAUUUCUGCCAAAAGGAAUUUUGCAUAUUUUGCUGCAGUUUUUCUACCCCCCUCAAAAAAAAAGAGCAAACCCUCAAAUUCUAUUUAAAUGAUGAUGAUGAUAAUAAUUUUAUUAUUUCUACCCUGCCCACUCUGGGUGGCUUUCAACAGAACUUUAAAAACAGAAUAAUACUUAAAACAUUAAAAACUUCGCUAAACAGGGCUGCCUUCAGAUGACUUCUAAAUGUAGGAUAGUUGUUUAUUUGCUUGACAUCUGAUGGGAGGGCGUUCCACAGGGCGGGUGCCACUACCGAGACGGCCCUUUGCCUGGUUCCCUGUAACCUCACUUCUCGCAGUGAGGGAACCGCCAGAAGGCCCUUGGCGCUGGACCUGGAUCUGGGCUGAAUGAUGGGGGUGGAGACGCCCAUCUGGUAAAACAUCUGAGAGCUUUGUUUUGAGCAGUUCUGUUCUUAGAAUUCUUUGCAAGUUUUGGGGUGGGGAUGGUACAAGUUGACAUUAGGGCUUAAAUCAGGGUUGCCAACCUUUUGAGGCUCAUGGGUGCAUUUGCAAACUGGGGAAACUCAUGGACACUGCACAUGCACAACAGUGAAACAGACACCACGGCAUAUUCUGUUGGCUACAAGAGGAUUCGGCUCUCAAAUGUAAUUUCAGCAGAGGAAGGGGUGGGAUCCUCAAGGGCACCAUAAAAUGUAUCCGUGGGCAUAUUGGAUGCUAUGCUAGAAUGAUUAUCUAAAAUAUAAUUGGACAGUAGUCACUGUUCAUCAGUUUCUUGAAUGAAGGGUGCUAUCUUUCCUUCUUGAUCUCAAAAUAAUUCAGUCAAGAAACAGAUUUUCCCCCAUGCUAUUUUAACAAUAGUAUGGAGGAAAAGGAAGGCAGGACAAAGGUGUGGGUUUUUUUUUUUUAUUAGUUUUACCGAUUCAGUAAAUGAAUGAAUGGUUUUGUGUUCACCUUACAUGCAUUACUAUUACUUUGUCGAACAUUACCGUAUUGUACCUUUUAAAACUUUGCUUGUCCUAAAUACUUUUAUGAGCGAGUUUUACAUUUCCAUAAACUGUUAGGACUUUGUGACCUAACAUUUUAUUAAAAAUAUUCCAUAACAGCCUUGAGGCAAAAUGUUUUAAAACCAGAAUCAAUUUGCAGUUUUUCAAGAAACUUCAAGAUGGUGGGGAACGUGGUCUAAAAUGCAAUGUGGAGGUUGGAGAAAAGUUGGAUUUUAAUGUGUAAGUGGUUUUGAUUUUCAUUAAUUCUAGGUAAAGUUCACCUCCCUCGCCAUAGGAUCAGCACUUACAUCCCUCGAAGUAGGCUGCUUCGCGUUGGCUGAAAGCUGCCAGAACAUAUCAGGAGGCUUGUGGGGAACGGUGAUUAACAUCCUUCUGGACCAGUCUGAAUGCAGUAUGGUCCGAAGAGAGGUAUGUAAAAUAUGCUCCCUGUAAAAAUGGUUUGUUCUCUCAAGUUCUCUUACAGCACACUCCUUUAGGUGUCUACUCAAAAGUGAGUCUCAUUGAGUUCAAUAGCACUUAGUCUAAGAUAAGUGGAUACAAGGUUGCAAUCAUUUACAUCACUUUCUCGGAACAAGCACUACUUGACUUGUUCUGUAAUUUUCUUAUUGUGGAAACUUUGAGAUAACUUUGAUGUGCUUGUAAAAUUGCAUGGAAUCCAAUAAAUGUGUAUCAUCUCUCCCUUCACACUCCCCAUUUGAGCCUGUGUAUUGAGUACUGAAGAUUAUGAAGAGGAGGAAGAAAUACCCAACAUCAGCAAAACAAGAUUGCGUACACAGAUAUUUUCUGCUUUUGUCAUCUGAAACCUAAAUACAAUUUAGGUGAAACUAGGGCAGGUUCACAUUUAGGCUCUUAAACUGAGUUUGAACAGUUCUCCCUCUGUCAGUGUCAUGGUCCACCCUGGGCGCUCUGAUUCUGAUCUGGAGCACUUGAGGAUAGGGAGUCAGAAGGGAAGAGGGGGACAGCAGAGCCUGCUUGAUGAAGCACCCCCACCCUGCACCCAGAAUUCAAAGGAGGGAGACCCAGGGGCUGCCCCUUCCCAGACCGUGGAGGAUGAUGGAGGAGCAGAGUUCAGACUUCUGUAACAGAAUGGUUCCGAAGAUCUCUCCCAAGGAGAGAUGGCACAUCAAGACUCAUCUCCCUCAACAAAAGGAGGAUGGCAUGCUUGCAGAGACAAUAAGUUGCACAAGUAGCCGAUCCUUCUCCACCUCUGUUUAAAGCUUGGCAGGAAGAUGAGGAAACUAUUCAUCCACCCUAUAAGAGCACCAGGGCUAGAUUCUGCUCUUUCGUAGAUGCAGAAUUUGUUUUGUUGGGCUGCCAUAAUAAAAGUUUACUUCUCUAAGUACAAGUAAACACCUCUGUUGCCUGGUUUUGGCCGGGGGCCAGGACAGCCUUGUUCAUUCCCUUUGAAGUACAAUCUUGCAUAGUGUUGGUUCUCUUUCUGAGAGACCACCAUUCUAACACUAUUUAGAGUAUAUCUAGGUACGCCAAGGCAAAGUGGUAGAAAGCGUGCUUUUUGGGUGUGCCUGGAAGCAGUGACUAAAAGUACCAUGUUCUCUGAUUGGCUUAAGACACUUCAUAGGGUUGUAUUCAGUGUAGCUGCUGUAGCACUAUGGCGAAUGUCGAAUCUUUUUCACCCCUCUCCUCCUCCCACCCCACUCCUCUAAAUCUCUUAUGGGGGUUCUCCCAGCCCUCUGGAGUAUAUCUGGUGAUGCUGUGGGGCACACACAAGAGGAGAGGGGUGAGUUGAAUAUCACCUAGAACCUACAUUGCUGGUCACUUCAAAACAGGUCAGUUGAAUCCCAAACUCAGUUCAGUUUUGCUCUCUUUAAAAAAGGUUUUCCUCAUUCCUGCUGUUACAAUGGCAUUUUUAGAUAUGUCAGGUAGAAUUUAUUAUGCUGAAUGUUUCGGCGUUUUCUUUUUUAAAUUUCAUUAAAGAAGCUCUUCAGCUAUUGGUCACACUUCUUUAUUUUGUGAUUCAAAACAGACAUCCUCACUGAAACGUAGAGGAACAAACAUGAGUUCUCAUAAUUUUUCCCAACACAGUGGAAGCCUACUGUUUCUGCACUAUGUAAACCAACAAGGUUAGACAUGAUAGAAAAGAAAGUAAUACGCAGAAAUCAAUUUUCAGAAAACCUUAGCAAUUAAAGAAAAUUAUACUAAAAAUAAGUCAAGUACAUGCAGUUGUGUAUUUUCUGUGUAAUGGAUGUUUCAGCUCUUCAUGCUUUGUCCUCAGUGAAAAUUUAUCCUAAAAAUAAAAUGGCACUUCCCCCUCCCUCAACUUGACAAGACAGCAUAACAGUUGAUUUUUUUUAAAUGACUCACUGAGUAAUCAAAAUCCAAAUAGUUUCUGAAUUCCUUAAAAUAGAAGGUGAAAGUGGCCUGAACAUUACUUCUGAUUAUAAUAGUGUAUAUCUGAAACAGCCUUCUUGUCUUCAAUUAUUUAGCUGCAGCCAGGUGGCACUGUUGAUGUUUGAUUUUUCUUUUCAGGCUGCAUUUAUUCUUCAGAAUCUUUUGGUGAUUCCACUGCCCACUGAAGAGGUUAAAGACUCUAUUUGGCAGGUGACUAGUUGACUUGAUGUGUUUCCAUUGCUCAUCAAUAUAAUUGCAUCCAAUAUUUUAUAACCUUGUUAGAGGAAAGAAAAGGGUACAAGCUGCUUUAGAUGUACUUUAGAAGUGAAAAUAAUGAACAUUCUUACCCUGUUUUUAGUAAAGAUUGGGACAAGCAAAACAAUUAUUUCCUCUCCCCCAAGAUUCUUUCUCUACUGGACAAAACCAAAAUAUCAUCGUUCUCAAAUUAUUCUAGCCUUACAGAGUGGACUUGCAACUUAACCUAGGGCUUCAGCUAGUUAAAGAACACUGCCAAUUUCACUUGCUUUUAAUAUGAGGGAUGUGUUUAAUCUUUUUUCCCAUUACCGUAAUGGGAUCAAAGUGUGUGACUUAUGUUUGGAGAGAUGAUGGAUAUAAUUUGUUGAUGCAUUUUAUUUUACAAUAUUUGUUUUUCAACUAUGAUGGUUUUAAGAGAUGUUCACAACAGCAAAGUCUGAUGUGUGGGUUGAUGAUACUGCCCUCACAAUUACCCUGAACCAAUAAGGUGCAUGCAAACAUUGGAAAAAAAUGUUUCUGGAAUAUUGCUGUCCUGCUUGUCUGAGAGAAUUAAAGCUGACUGCAGAAUACCAGGUGCCAUUGUGGGAUCCAAUGAUGGUGCCAUGUGGCUCCUACCUCUGCCUCCCUCAAAGUCAGAGCAGAAAAUGGGAGGUACUAUGGAAGAGGAAUUGUUUGGAGCUCUUUUCUUAGAUCACCAGAUGUUGUUGCUCUGAGCCAUGGGUAGGCAAACUAAGGCCUAGGGGCCGGGGCCGGCCCAAUCGCCUUCUAAAUCCGGCCCGCAGACAGUCCGGGAAUCAGCGUGUUUUUACAGGAAUAGAAUGUGUGCUUUUAUUUAAAACGCAUCUCUGGGUUAUUUGUGGGGCAUAGGAAUUCGUUCAUUUUAUUUUCAAAAUAUAGUCCGGCCCCUCACAAGCUCUGAGGGACAGUGGACCGGCCCCCUGCUGAAAAAGUUUGCUGACCCCUGUGAGUCUGAGCAGAUGGCGCCAGCUAUUCCCAGCCCUUGUCACUGUGGGCAUUAACUCUUGUGGGCGUCUUGGGGGAGCAGGUCUCAGUCUGCUCCUCUGCCCUCUUGCUAUUGUUGCUGCCUCACCAGCCUCUUCGGCAGCAGCUAUGGGAAGAAUGGGACACAGUCGGAAAUAGAAUACCCUAUUUUUGGUCUCCCUGGGGCGGGACUUCUUCACAUGGGCUGAUGGCCAGCAGUUGUCUCUCCUGGCAAUGCUCCCCUCAAAGGUAGUGGUAGCAAAGGGAAGCAGGAAUUUACAGGUACUUGAUGCACUAAAGAGCUUUUGGAAUAAUUGACCUUAAAGCAUCCCUAUAUAGCAGCUCCAGGGACCCAGAAAGAUUAGUUUGGGAAAUGAAAUUCCUGUUUGUAGGAGGGAACGAUGCCAGCACGGAUUAGUACAGAAAAAAAUUGGUAAACUGCCUAUUUGAGCUUGUCAGUUCUUUUGAAGCUGCAUCUUAAAGCGUUUUUAAUAGGUUUGUGAAAUACCUUUUAAACAUUUUGUGAAUGCUUUUAAAAAGAACUGUUUCAAUAGUAAAUGUAUCCUUUUGAUCUUUUUUUAAAAAAUGGAUUGGAUUCAAAUAACCACGAGCAGAAAGGAAAUAGCCACUGGCAGUGUGGUCUACCAGCACUUGGUCAGGCACUAAUAACACUUUUCACAGCUUUGCAAGACCCGCACAAGUAGAAGAGGGACAUCUUUGGGUCUCAUUUCAUCCCCACUUGGUGCUUUAAAAUAAAUGUAAAAUAAUCCUCCUGUGAGCAGGAGAUAUCAAGCCCUAGCCUUAAAAUGGAUGCUAAGUUCAAACACUUCUCUGUGGCCUAGAUACUGUUGUGUGGCUUAGCCAAGGCAGGAGGAUAAACUUGGCAGGAGUUAUUUAGAACCUAUUUCCCCGGGAGUUUCUUGCAACAAGCAGACCACUCUCCGUCUUGUACAGUAGAGCCAUAAUUAUGUGAAUUGUAUCUCUAGAACCUACUUGUUCUGGCAGAGUGAAGAUAGAUAUUAUUUUAACAUUGAAAGAAGACCAGUAUGGUUCUGAAAACCUAUAUUAAAUACCUCCAUGGGAUACUAUUGAACUGACAGGUUUUUCUUUAACGGAGUUCCAAUUGCAGAAAAAGGAAGAAGAAUCAUCAUCAACAAAAGCGAGUUUUCCGGGAGCAAAUAAUUCAUGCAGUUAAUGAGUUUGGGGGCUUUUUUAUGGUCCAGAGCUGACUUUAAGCAUAUUUUUGACAGCAGGUUAAGACUUUCCCAGGCAUUUGAUGGAGUGUAAUGAGUUAUCCUGGCCUAAGACUGCUGAUGUUUUUGCCAUUUGCUAUUCUUGCUGUAAUUCUAUUUUUUGUUAGUGCAUUAAUUAUUGCUGUUUUUAACUGUAUUUUUAUUCUGUUUGUAGGUUGCCUAGAGUCUUUUUUAUAUUAGGUGACAUCUGAAUAAUAUAAAUAAUAUGUUUUAAUAUACAUUCUAUUUAUAGUGUUGUAGCUUGUCUAAUAUAACCAGUUAACUUGACUGCACAGAAAGGUUCGCAUGUUCAGUGGCUUGGAUCCUAAGAUAAGUGAAUAUGGCGAAGUGCCUGGAAGGUGUCCCUACCUGAUUUUGGAUUGCUCUUCUUUCCUGCCAGCAGCUCCCUGCACUCCACUUUGUCCAGAAGGCCCCUCUGAUACGUCAGGAGCUGCAGGGAGGAGAAGAGGAUGGAAAACUCCCAUGAACUUUAUGUUCACUUAUCUUGGGAUCCAAGCUGCUGGGAAGUUGGAAGACAUUGGCAGGAUCAAAUGCAUUGCAGAGUCUCUGUUGGAUUCCUUCUCUAAUGCUACUUCGCUCUCUUUCGUGGGGAUGAUCCCUACAAUCAGUGUACAACCUCGAUAUACUCAGUGAACACUGUCAUGGGUGGUCAGGAGCAGGGAAGAGUAUUUCUGUGUAAAGUUCAGGUGUAAAGUUUAGAGCUGCUAUAUCCAGGCACAUCUAUUUUUCCCAGUUGCUGUUCAUAUAUUUCAAAGGAUUUCAAAUAUACCAGAAGUGUCUUAGAAAGGGGUAGUUCAAAAGGAGCUCCUACUUUUUCUUCUUCAUUUUAAUAACAGAAUAUAUUCAGGGUUGCUCCCUUACAUUCCUGUAAAGGAGAUUAAAAGAUAAUUGGACAGUUUUGAAGUAGCUGAGAUGAGAUUACACGCACUAAGGUUUAGAACUAAACUACCUAGAAUUAUACUCAUUCAAUUUUAAGCAAGUUAUUUCAAUGGAGUUACCAUAUAUGUGUUCUGAUAAGUAAUUUUUUGUGGGAAACAUCUCAAAAGAUGCCGAUAUAUUCUUGAUUAGUCUUUCAGGGAUAGAUGGUGCUACAUUAUGCUUGGCAUACACCCCCCACCCCGGCCAUUCCUGUAAACUGGCCAUUUUUAGCACCUUGAUAUUGUAAUUCAGGUUAAUAUUUUACUCAUAAGUUUUUACAGAUACAUUUUAUUAUAUAUUGGCCUUUAUUGGCAUAAGCAAUAAUAUUAUUAUAUUCUUGAUUUAGUAGUAAACCACUCUGUGGUGUGAAAGGAGUGGAUUUCCUAAUACAGUGGUACCUCAGGUUAAGAACUUAAUUCGUUCUGGAGGUCCGUUCUUAACCUGAAACUGUUCUUAACCUGAAGCACCACUUUAGCUAAUGGGGCCUCCUGCUGCCGCUGCAUCACUGCCACACAAUUUCUGUUCUCAUCCUGAAGCAAAGUUCUUAACCCGAGGUAAUAUUUCUGGGUUAGCGGAGCCUGUAACCUGGAGCAUAUGUAACCUGAAGCGUAUGUAACCCGAGGUACCACUGUAUUGAUUUAUAAUCUAUGGCCACUUGGCUCAAGACUUCCAUGGGAAAUCACAGUUUAAAAACAUUAAUAGAUUUUAGUAAAUCCAGUGAUUUAAAUCUUAUCAUAGACUGAACAUAUAUAAUAUUUCAUUGGAGGUUUUGGUCUGGAACAAGUGUUGAUACAAAUGCCGUAAUUAUAAAAGAAAUGUGUACCUGUAUUUAGGAUGAUUUUACAAGAAACAAAUUGUUUGUCUGUAAGAGAGAUUAUGCAAUCUGAUAUAAUUUAUCCUCCCCUCAGUUUUUCAGUAUUUAUUUAAAUAUGUUGAUUAACAUUGAUAACUAUGCAGUGAUUUGGCUAAAAAUAAAAAGGUUGAUAUAUUAUAGUUCUCUGCUUAAGCCAGUUUAGACUACACUUAUCUCCAUGGAGAAUGUCACAGAAAGGGAAGGGAACUUUAUAUGGUGUUAUUUAGUGGUAUACCAAAUAGUACACAAGAUAAGGAGAUUAAAAUGUUCACUGCUUUACCAUCCCAGCAGUUAUUUUUUUCUGUUAUCACAGUUCAGUAGAUUCUUAGCUUCCCUGCUUUUGAAAUUGAAAUCCUUUCUGCAGUCAAUAAAUCAGCACAUGUAAUCCCAAGUCAUCAGAUCACAAGAUGUUAUGUACUUUCAAGGUGACUGAAGUCACUGCACACACAGAUUAUAAGGUGUGACUGACUCCAGUGGGUUUUAGCACACCCCUGUGGCUGUGAAAUGCUUGGCAUAGAAAUUGUAAAUUGGCAUCAAUGGGGCUGAAUAUAAAAACUUUGACUCAAUGUCAUCACGCUUAGAAGUCAGCAGAAUUCCCUGAGUAGGUAGUUGUCAUGCUUGAGUCAAUGAAUGCACAUUACUGACAUCUUCUGCGUGUAGAUUCCCAACUUGUAAUGUAAGUUUACUUAAAAAGAACUUCACAGAGUUAUAAAACUUAUUUUUUAUUCUGAUUACAUUUCAUCUCAAACAAGUAUUGAAGUUCUUUCUUACCCUGCACUUCGUUCAGCCCCACAAACGAUCAGGUAUGAGGGUAGGAGUGUCAGGAGAGAAUUAUGCAAACUGUAUAAAUUAUCAGGAUUUGCGUGAUUUCCCCCAGACGUUAGUAUUAUGCACAAAUCUUUCGUGAGUAAGAACGACAAGGAAUGUCCUACCUCUGCCCAGUUGAACCCUUCUCUGAGUCCCAGUUCUUCUGGCAUAAGUUGGCAGCAAUUUUGUUGUUUAAAAUGAAGCUGAGAUUCUCAGAGAUGAAUUCUGUGGAUAUGCUUUCCUGGAUUCAUGCCAUCAACCCUUGCUAUUUCCUGCUCUGAUGGAAGAGGUGUUCAUUCUCAUUGGUUGGGAACCAAUGUUGUGAGGGUCUUUUUAAUGACUAUAAAUUUUUAUAUAUGUUACCCCCUGCCUCCAGGGACCUUGUGUGCAUGAUGAAGAAUCUGGUCUAUCUCUCACUGGAAAAACCGCCUUGCAGGCUCUGUUAUAUCAUUGUCGCUUCUACGAGCAUUUGAAUGAGAUGGUGAAACAGUGCUACUUAGGUCGAUAUACAUUUGAUCUGCAUUGUUCCUUGGGAGGCAGCCAGGCAGCCGAAAAGAGUAGCAUAAAUGGUAAGUGACACUUCAAAGAAUUCAUUUGGUUUAAAUUUCGGUUGCGGUUCCAUGAGUUAUCAAUACAUUUUCUUCUUGUGAUUUUUUGUUUUGUUCUGUGCGAGUCUUCUAAAAGUAUUAUCCUUUUGUGUCUCAAAGUUAAAAUAGUCAGCCAGUCUCUUGAAAAUAUAAUACCACAUCAUCUGGUUCAGUAUCCGAGAAGCAAUUAUGAGGUUUUUAAAUGUGUUCAUAGUCGGAGGUGGAAGAAGCAUAUUAGAGAUAGCCCAUUCCUUCCUUCGUGAAGGAUAAAUAAUGGGCUGUAGGAGAAAUGUAAAAAGAAAACAGAAAUCUAAUUAGAACAUCAAAAAGAAUGAAUCUCCAGUACAAUGGUAAGAAUUUGAAAAAGGCAGUACGUGGGUUGUUAUGACUAUGUGCAAGCAUUUCACUGUUCUGUUUCUAAGCGGUUGUCUUAGUGAUGCACUGUGAAUAAUUCCAUAUUGGGGAUAACGAAACAGUCUACUUCCAGAUCAUAGAAAGCGUUGCCAACACUCCAUAGGGAAUGAAGUCUGCUUCAUAGGUACACUUUUGAAGUCCACGUGCUGAAACAUAGAAAAUGCUAAUGCAGCCAAGUGGGUGCUUGGAAACAUAUGUAUCCUACAGAUACGCUCUUCAGAGAACCAGACUGGCUGCAACUCCCUGUGGAGGGCCCACUUGGUGGUGACCCUGGUUUUCUUGCUAUGCCACGUGGGGCAACAGCAGCGUGAGCCUUCUGGCUUUGCUGCUUUGCUCAGUUUGAAAAACAGCUUUCUUUCCACUGUGGUGGGAUGGGAAGUAGUGAGCUGUUGCAUAAAUCAAUAUAUCAGGGACGUGUGCUUGUAAAGAAUAGUGGGGGUGUUGAUUCCUUAAUAAGGCCCAUAGGAUGAAUUUAUGUGAGGAUUUAUGAUGCCUGAUUCACGGUUGAGCUUCAGCACUUAAGAUUUUGGAGCAUUGGGGAAAGCUGAGAGGAAGCAGCUAAAUUAGAAAGCAGUGCUUCCUUGAAAUUUAUUUAUGGGUUGCCCUUCAAAUCCCCCCACCCCCAGGGUUAGAAGGAAAAAUAUUGAAUUCCAAUGUGGAAUGCCUUGCAGUCAAUUUUUAUUUUAUUUUAUUUUAUUUUAUUUAUUUUAUUUUUGUUGUUAAAAACAAGCAACAAGUUUUUAUUGCUAUGGGUCAGCCAUUUUUGGUUAGCCAAGCCACAAAAUUGGCAUUGGUUAGACCUGAUUUGACAGAUUUGCAGCCAGGGAGUUCCAGGUACUUUAGCAUCACUGUCUAAGGAACUGCCUACCACCUUUCUUACUAGGAAAUGGGAGUGAAGAGUUGCCAGUUUGGCCAUUCUGUGGCCAAGGUGUGCCAGAUACCACUUCCAACCUUUCUUCCUCUUGGAGCUGGCGUGGAAGCAGGGUUCAUUGUGCAACGACCAGAAUAAUCUCUGCUCAUUUUCUAAAGCUUUAAGGCUGAAAAGAAGGCUGGUCGAGGGCACAGUUGCCAUGGUGAGCAAAAAAUGUGGAAGCUUAUUUCUAGCCCUUAUGGCUGUGAAACAUAACACAAAAAUUGGAUGUGAACAAAAAUCAGGACAGUUUAUUGCUGCUGGGUGGAGGCAAGCAGUGGGAAGAAGGACUCAACAGUUCUCAGUUACUGAUUGAUUAGUUCUUUCCUUUGGCUCCAGAACCUGAUCACUUCAUAAGAUCAAACUGGAACCCAUCAGCUUACUUGUCACACUUUUUAGUCAUAUUGAUUAAUAAAUGGAACAGAGAAUUUGCAAAAUCACUCUAAUCAAUGCAGUUUCAACAUAGAUUUAUGCUAUAUGUAUUCAUUCCUGCCCCCGCCCCCGAAGCAUAACUCUAUGUUUCCUAAUGUCUGCCCUGUUCUACAGCAAAAUAUUGGUGUUUUGCAGUUUGUGGAAUGUUUGAGAGAUUCUUCCCUUUUGUUCUUAAAAAAACAAAGGGAUUUUUGUCAUUUUUCUUUGCUAAUGGAUUCACCAGCAAAGCAAGAGGUGAGCAUAUAAUAUAGUGGUUCUUGAACUUCUUUCUCUGGGCCACACUUUCAGAAUAAAAAUUUGCUUGUGCCGUUUUGAUUUUUUCAUUGAUAAGAAAUUCAUCAGAAAACAAAAAGAAACAACUCAUAGCAGAGCUUGAUUUUGAAAAUAUAGCCUUCUAUAUUCUCUGUGUAUAUAUAGAUAGACAGGUAGAUAGAUAACUAUACUACACUGAAAUAUUUAAAUGUUUCUUUGAUUGUCCUUGCCACACUUGCCAUCCUCUCUUGCCAUACCAGUGUGGUGCAUCACACCCUUUGAGAACCACUGAUACAAGGUGUUUUAAAAGGCUGCCUUUUUCUCUCUUCUUCCCCGCCCCCUCCAGAUUUUGACGAUUCACUUUCUCUCUGGAGAGUUGUAUCUACUCAAAGCCAAUCUCCAAGUUCGCAGUCAACCUCUGACACUGUGGUGAGUUCUAAAAUGACAAGUUGCCAUUGUAAGGGGAACUCAAUGCUGUUUAAUUGGAUUGUUGGAAAAACAGAGGUCCCAUUUUCCAGGUAACACGUUUCUGCCACUUAUUUCACUUACACAACCACAGCUUUGUGUGCUUGGCUGGGAACAAUUAAUAAAAUAGAAAGUAGGUGAGGUGGGCCAAAAGAAGGGCCAGUGGGUGGUCUGGGUGCAGCUAGGCCCCCUCUCCCUACAACCUUCCUUCCCUGCUUUUCUUUGGGGCUGGACUGGGCUCCUCUGUUCAGGGUGAGAGAGCGGCAGCAGCAGCUACAGGAAGCAGCUGAGGAGCAGCAAGGAAAACUCAGCACACAGAGAGAGACUUGUUAAGAGAUCUGGUACUGUAAGCAAGCUGGAGGGUUUAACUGCUCCCUUUGAGUUGGGUUUUCUAAACAGAAAGGGAACAGGAAAACCCAGAAAGUGGAGUGGGGCAGUUGGGGUAAUUUGGAGAGAGAGGUUCUUUAAAAAGAGGGGAAGGUUUGCAGGGGGAGAACAGAAAGUGCAGCAGGAGUUGGUGGAGGAGAGGCCUCAGCAGCUAGCAAAAGAUUAAGGAAGGCUGAAGGAAGGAGAAGAAGCGAGGCUAUGUGCUUCCUAAGAUCCCAGUAAGCAAGCUUGGAGGACUUAACAGCCAGAUCUUGGGAGGCGAGGGCUGUUCUGGGGGUCGUUGUGGAUUUAUGCAGUUUUGUUGAUGCAUGUGAUGGCUGGAAACAUGAACCUCACAUAAGAUGCAAGUUACCUGCACUUUGUCACAUAACCCCUCCUCACGUUUCCUUUUCGGUUUCUAAUCUUAUUUAUUUUACCUAGUUUUUGUUCUGCUUUUAACAAAUUGAAAGCUAUGGGUUUUCACCAGGUAAUAAUAGAAGUAUUGCACGACUUACUGUGACUUCUAUGACUGUCAGUAAUUCUGUGAGGAAGGGCAUGUGAGGAAGGCCCUUUCAUCCUGAAAAAUAGUUCACUCUGAAAAUGUGUUAACUGUGUUGCUGUCUUGUAAAAAAAAAAAAAAUGUCCACAAAUAGCUUGAUCUUCCAUAGACAGGCUCCUGUGUCAUAUAUGACAUAUCAAGAGCCCCCCCCCCCAAAACACCAUUUUUACCCAGUUUCCAAAAUCCUUUCUACCUGCUCGCCUGGAGGCAAUUCUUAUUCACCAGAGGUGCGAAGAAUUUUCAUGUGUAUUGUGAGUAUUCUGGUUUAGAUACUGGAAAAUUUCUAUGUUCAGCCUCCGUCCCACUGGCAAGCCAUUAUUGGAAAAGGCUUAGCUGGUGCAAGAAGCUAACAAGACUUAUUUUUAUAACUAGCUGAAAUUAUUAUUGAUUUUUUAUGUAUCUUAAGACCUUGUUUCCCUUGAACUCUAAAAAUCCAAAACAUCCAAGUAGCACAAUUUAGGAAUAAAGAACUCUGUAACUCUGUGAUGUUUUCUGGGAGUAAGUCCUUUUCACUAAAAAUGCCUUAAAAAAUCCAGUUUAUUAUAUCCCAUCCUUCUGUUUUUAAUUAUGUAAAUUACUAACAGCACAAGCUGGGCAGAGCCAGCUAUUUUUAUAUACCUAACCAUUGAAGUGAUAGAGGUAAUUGCUUUAAAUUUAGGCUGCAUUUCGGAGAUCAGUGAACACAAUUGGGUUUGUUCUUCCCUCCCCCCUCUCCCCCCCGCAUCAAUUCUUUCUGUUCACACAUGGUGCUCUUUGGAUUCCAGCAAAUGAGAGUUGCCCAUUAGUAGAAGCAUGAGACUCUCAAUCUCAGGGUUGUGAGUACGAUCCCCAUGUUGGGCAAGAGAUUCCUGCAUUGCAGGAGGUUGUAGUAUAUGACCCUCAUGGUCCCGUCCAACCCUGAUUCUAUGAAUAUAUAUGGACAUUUGUUAACAGGAGGCAAUGUAAUUAUUGAUUCUGCUUCCUAGAUCAUUUCCUCAUCGCCAUCUCCAGGCUGUGCUGUGGAAAUGCAGCUGCCCACCUCACCACCUAUAGCUAGAAUUUGCGACGUGCCACUUAAUCGGCUCAUGGCGCAAGGUAAGCAGAUGUAAUGAAAAUGAUUCAUUUGGAACAAAUCACUAACCAUGGUCCUGAUGCAGAGUGCUAUUUGCAUGCAUGCCAGGGGCUCUUUCCUGCCACCCCGUUCCUAACAGGAACCUAACAGGAACAUGGGUGACGCUAUGGUCUAAACCACUGAGCCUCUUGGGUUUGCCAAUUCGAAGGUUGGCGGUUCGAAUCGCCGCCAUGGGUGAGCUCCUGUUGCCCUCUCCCAGCUCCUGUCAACCUAUCAGUUCUAAAGCAUGCCAGUGCAAGAAGAUAAAUAGGUACCGCUGUGGCGGGAAGGUAAAUGGCAUUUCCAUGUGCUCUGGUUUCCAUCACGGUGUUCCGUUGCACCAGAAGCUGUUCGUGGACAAACGCCGGCUCCCUUGGUCUGAAAGCGAGAUGAGUGCCGCAACCCCAUAGUCGCCUUUGACUGGACUGCACCAUCCGGGGAUCCUUUACCUUUACCUUUUACCUAACAGUAACCUCCACUCAGCCCCAUCUUGUUGCUCACUUUUGCAAGUCUCACAGUGUUCAAGCUGUGGAGAGGAUGAUAAGGUAAUAGCUGAAUGCACAGGUCUUCCUUCAAAUAUCUCAAGAUUGCACAGUUUAAUUUUGAAGAGCUCUAAACCAAGUGAUUCCCCAAUUUCCCCGUCCCCCCCAUGGACCACUUAAAAAUUGCUGAAGGCCUUGGUGGACCACUUAACAAUUUUUCUGUCUAUAGCAAUUGUGCUGUGCUAGACGCUAUAUGAUUUUUAAUUGUAUUUUUAUUGCUUUUUCUGUUUCUUACAUAUUGUAUUUUAUUGUAUGGCAAUUUGCAUGCCAUAGAAUUCAAAUUGCAAUGCAAUAAAAUACAAUGUAAGAAAUAAAGGAAGCAAUAAAAAUACAGUUUAAAACCACUGUGACUAUUUGAUGCGGACAUGCUGCGGACCACCUGAAUGAAGCUUGAAGACCUUAAAUUGGGAACCUCUGCUAUAAACCGUACUGUGUCCCACCCAUAUCUUGGAAAGUCUUCGUUACCAAGGACCCUGUCCUCUCCACUCCUGUGGCCUCUAACCUGGACUGCUCAUAUUUAUCCGAAAGGAGAGGCAUUCAGUUCAAUAGCACAUCAACAGGUCUUGUGUGACGUUUCACAUAUGAUGUGUUAUAGUUCAGUUGGUUAGAGCAUAGUGCUGAUGAUGCCAAGGUUGCAGGUUUGAUCCUCGUAUGGGACAGCUGCAUAUUCUUGCAUUACAGGGGGUUGGACUUGAUGAUCCUCAGGGUCCCUUCCAACUCUACAGUUCUAUAAUUUCCAUUUCUAUGAUUUCAAACGAAACUGAUGGGAACAUAGGAAGCUGCCUUAUACUAAGUCAAACCCACUGAGUCAUCUAGCUCAGUACUGUGUGCACUGACUCGCAGCAGCUCUCCAGGGUUUUCAGGCAGGGUUCUCUCUCAGCCCUACAUAGACAUGAUGAGGAUUAAACCUCGGACCUUCUGCAUGCGAGGCAGAUGCUCUGCCACUGAGCUCUGGCUUUUCUCCUGCUCAGCUCCUCAACUCGUGUCCGACGAGACAUAUACCACCUUGUUUUAUGUAAAUCCAUUUCCAGGUAGCAACACUACCUGCUUGUUUUGUUCUUUCUCUAAAUUGUGUGUUGUAGGUCAGAGUGAAACAACAACGACAGUGUCUUCAAGUCCGCAUGACUCCCCGCAGUCCACCAUCAGACCCAGUCAGUGUGCGGUGGUCACCCCCCCUCUCCUGUCAGCGGUGUGCGGCUUGCUGGACAACCUGCUGAUUGUCACUCCCAAAGACACCGGCGUUGCUCUUCAGCAAGCACAGACACUAACUGCUCUCAGUAGGUAAGAGAUCAAUAGCUAUUGAGGUCACAGACGAGAGACUGAAUGGGACAAGCACUACCCAAAGCCUUUGUUACAGAUAUUGAUCGAGCCGCUGAGUAUUCUGAGAAUUCAAAGUUAUCCUUUUAAAAUCAAACCAGGAGAACCACAGCAUUUUGCAGAAAGUAGAGCAGAUUUGAAAUCUCUUUAUAGUUCAGCUACUUUUACUUUACUUGGACUUUAGAGCAAAGCGGUAACUUGUCUUUUUAUUACGGUGGACGAUGAAGUCCUCAGAUUGCAUGCUACAAGCAUAGACAAGUCAUGCUAACUGGAACACUUGCAAAAGAGUGUACUUUGGAAGCACUGGCAGAUACAUUGGUGUAAAUCCUUAAGGUAUUUAAAGGCAGUGAAACAAGUGUUGUAUGGGAAAUGUGCUUGUGAUUUAUUUAUACCCUAUUAGCAUCAUUAUUCAAGAAGGACAAGAGAAACCUUAGUUGCUUAGUCUGCUAAUAACAUAGUGACAGAUGCGAAGAGCUGAUAGCUCUGAAGUCCCCAGUUCAAAUCUACCACUGAGCACAGACUAAAGCCUUUAUGCUAGGAGUAUUGCUAUUUUUAUCAUCCUGGCUGAACUGUAGCAACUUACAGUUUGUCUCCAAGGAAACAACAUCCCACAGCUGACUGCAGUGUAUUGCACUUCCUUUCUCUGUAAUAAGCGUAGGGCAGCCUUUUGAGAGUCAACAUCGUUUGAGUGAGGACUAUGAGAGGUGGAAUCAUUAGGAUCCUAGCUUAAAUUAGACUUUUAAAUAGAUUGCUGCUGCUAAACCUACCACAUCUUCUAGAAUGUUCACUAUGUAUGUGGACAUUUCCUCAGGUACACAUACAGGCUUUUGUCUGUUUGGGCACAACUGGAUGCCAUUUUGAAUCAAGAUGGCAGGCUGAACCUUUCAAAACAUCACUGAAACAAACUUUUAUGUGAGACUACCAGAUUCCCGUGGGUUAAGGAAGGGUUAACUGGGUUGGGGAAUGAUCACGAGCUGUGAUGAAGGCAGGGUACCAGUUUUGUUUGGGACAUAAGUGUGGGGCUUGGACUGAUUUAAUUGUCUCUUCCUGCCUCAUGUUCCUGAUCAAAAACCCACACCACUUUCCCUACUUCCAUCUGGAAAGAGAAAAAGUCUAAAUUCUGUCAUUUUGGGCUAUUUUAGCUCCCAGUCAUGUCUUACCUAAGACUUUCACUAGUAGGUAGAAGUGCUGUGCUCUCCUCCCUCCGGCAGAUGGCAUAAUGUGAACUGCAGCCUCCAGCUGAACAUUGAAUCACUUCAAGCCGGAGUGUGAAACCUGUGAACAAGUACCCUCAUCCAUCAUAAAUGGCCAUGUUAGCUGUGGCUCCUGCAAGUUGCAGCCCUGCAUCAUCUGGAGGGCUGCAGUUUUCCAUCCCUGACUUAGACACCCUGUUUGUGUGACUUGUCCUGUCUUCUCCACCCCACCCCACCCCACCCCAAUUUUUGUUUGUUUCUGGAGGCAGAGAAAUUGCUUUUCUUUGUGUGUCCAGCCCGUCAUGCUAACAUGGAGAACCCACUUACAUUGUCCUUUCUAUAGUGGAGGGAAGGAGGUGCACUAGGCUUUUGCAAGGCAAGGAACCCAGGUAACAUAUGAGUGAGGGCAAAGUUUUGAGGGUGGGAAUUACUGUCUUUGAAGUAUCUGUUGUCUCACACAUUCUUCAGACAUGCCAACAGUCUAGACCAGGGGUAGCCAAUGUGCCCUCCAAAAUGUUAAAGACUACAUAUUUCAUCACCCCCUGUCAUUGGCCAUGCUGGGCACAGGAUGAUGGGAGUUGAUGUCCAAAAACAUAUGAAGGGUAUUAUGGUCUAGGCUACAGUUCCACAUUGUGUCAAAAUGUUAAGUUUAUGCCUGUGUCCUUAACACAGUUGUCUUUGUUUCAUGGUAGUCUAGUAAAUUCCAGCUUGAUAGAGAGAUGUAUCUUGGAAAUGAAAGCACCUCUUCCUCAGCCUUUUCAUAUGGACUACACAAAAAUUCAGGUUGGUGGCAUACAUAUUUCUUUUCUAUUCCAUUCUCUUGAAGUGCAUGGGUAGGAUGCAGCAUAUGUUUUAAUUACUGAAAGGCACCGGCUUACACCCUAAAUGUGCUUUAAAAAUACAGAUCAACUCUGAAGUAAAGGCUGUUGAGUUGAGUGGAGCAUUUUUUUCGAGUCAGUGAGUUGUAGGGUUGCAUCCUUAAUAAUCUUCCAUUUUAUUGAUUUAGUGAACCCCAUGAAAGGUGCUGCUUCUUUUUGUUUGAGAAAAAUGUGUCUUUGCUUAAGGGAAAACAAUUAUAAUUGAGUAAGAGAGUUACGUACAACUCAUUGUCGGAAAGAAAAGGUGUUAGUGGGAGUGUUAAAAUGCAAACCCACAGCAUUUUGCAUUUUGUAUAGUGGUUGUACAUGUAUGUGUGUGUGAGGGGGUGGGAGUUACAGAAGGGGGCAGGGUGAAGUGGAAGAAACAUUUCCCCCUUUUAGUCUCCCAGCUCCUCUACUUGAAUGCUACUCCACUCCUAACGAGCCCUUCCCCAACCUGGUGACCUCCAGAUGUUUUAGAUUACAAUUCCCAUCAGACCUGACCAUUGGUCAUGCUGACUGAGGCUCAUGGGAGCUAUAUUCCAAAACAUCUGGAAGGUAACAAGCAAGAGAUAUCCAUAGGACAAGUGUUGUGGCUCAGACAGACCACUUCUCUGCUGCAGUGGAGAAGCUAUUUGAACCCAUGCUUUCUUUCUAUUCCCCCCCCCCUCCUUUUGCCAUCAUGUCUCUGGGUUUUUUGUGCCUUUUAGUAAAGCAUUUAGGCCAACCCUCCUCCAACACACAGUCCUUUUAAACCUCCUUUAGCCUAAUUCAUAGCCACAUCGGAAUCUGUACACCUUUCUGACACCAAUGUUAAGUUUUGGGGGAUACUUGGGAAGCUAGAAACUCUGAAGAACAGUAGUCUUAAGAUUUUUCUGCAUACCUGACACAAAUCCAGACCUGAAAUGGUUUGGGAGGGUGGACCUGGCAGGCCCAGAUUGUUCCGGGCAACCCAGUCUGUUUUGCCCUGACUCGACCAAAGCCCAGUUCUGCUCGAAUUAGUCAAAUUCAUUUCAGGAUUGGGGCUGUGGCUGAAUCUGGAGCACAACCCUAGUUCAAAGCUCACCAAUUCUGGUCAAAACUGAGGUUUAAAAAUACGUGAUUAGCAGCUGUUGGUUUCAGUUACCAGAGCAAAUUCAGCUAGAAAGAAAUCAAUGGCGGUUUAAUCAUGAAAGACAAGGGUGUGGAAUCUCAGGCCCGAUAGCUGAAUGCGGUCCUCCAGGACCCUCCUCGUCCUAGGACAUGUCUUUCACUGUCCUUGCUCCAUGUCCUCCUUGCUGGAAUGGGAUCUUGAACUGUGAUAAUGCCUCAUGUUUGUCUAGUAGAUGGAGAAUGGAAAGGUGUGUGUCCCUGGGUAGCAACAGCUUCUCACACACAUACACACACUGCCGAAAGACAUGUGAACGCUUGCUUGCUGUAGCUGAGAGAGCUGGUGUGCUUGCACAACCACGUGCCGUGAAAGCUCAUCUCCGUCAAUUAUUCAGGAACUUUUGGAGCCUCGACUGGGUGCUCUGUAGUCGUAAAACUCCAGUAACUGGGUUAUGCGGUGCAACUGAACAUGAGCAGUGCCAUCAAAGCUCCUUUGAUCUCACUUCUCCAUGGGAAUCUUUUUGUGAAUGAAGGGAAAGAUAAAGUGUGAGCUAGAUCAAUAAUGUGCCACAUCAACUGCAGUUUAAUCACCUUUUUUUUCACACGAUGACUACCCGCUAGCUUUUCAGAAGUAAAUGGGAAAUGCCAUAUAUUGAAACUGUUGUGCUGCGAUUGAAAUUUGUUUUAUCAUUAGAUCCUUGAGAAAGAAACCUUUGAGUAUGUCUGCUUAAGUUAACAGAUGCCAAAUAAGAAAAUAGUACAGAACUGAAAUGGGUAUGGAGGUUUUUGGAUAAUUUCCUUGAACCCAUAAUGAAUCAGGCCUCUCCUUUUCUAGCCCCAUUUUGUGAAAAGGAACAAAGGGGCAAGUAUUCGAGAGCAAAUGGAACGAGGGUCAUGGUGCAGAUUACACUCGGUGCAUAGUGUGCAGCUCUCUCUCUCUCUCUCUCUCUCUCUCUCUCCCUCCCUCCCCCUUUUCCUUUCUUUACUUGCUUAUGGGCUCAAGGAUGACUAGUUGUCCAUUGGAAACAGAGCUGAGAAGCGAAGAGUCAAACCUCCCAUCCUUGCAUGCUGUAGUCUCAAUGAAAAUUGCCAUCUCUUGGGUGGGUUGCCUUUUGCAGCCUUCCUAGGUACCCAGAUUUCUUGAAAAUUUCAUUAUAUGCUCAGCUAGGCUUUCCUAUAUGCAUGGGAAGGUGAGGAAGGUGCCUACUAUGUGCCUAACAACUGUUUAUUUUUAUUUUUUAAGCACAGUAUUUUUCUUUUUAAAGGAAUCAGUGUACUAAUCGCAGGCAUUCAGUAGCCAACCUUCCUGGCUCCCCUUGUUUCAGUUAAAGGUUAGAGUAAAACCAUCAUGAGGUAACAUCUCCCAUGAGGCUUUUUCGGAUCAGGAAGCGUGGGCAGACCUGAGGUUGCCGAGGGCUGGAGAGAUGUUUAACAGGAAGAAGUAAAAUCCCACCUGCAGAAAUAAAGUAAGCUCAACCACCCACCCACCAAAGUUGUAAGGAAAUUCAAAAGAGAAAGAGGCAGAAAACUGAAAACUUUAUUCAACAGGAGAAGAAACAUUUUGGUUUCAGCACAGCACUUACUAAAACCACAGGAAGUAAGCCAUCAGAUUCUUGACACCUUAUGUUGCACAUCAAUCACCAAAGCAAGAAGACAAUUACUAUUACAAGUGUGUAAUAGUACCAGUAUUAUUAAAAAGGCACUGUUGCUUCUCAUGUGGAAUGAACCUUGGCUUUAAAAUACCAUUCUUGUUCUUAGUGACUAAUGACAGUUAUUUGGAUUUUACUCCUAUUAACGCCUUCAGUUUCUACCUUUCCUUGUAAACUUGCAAAGUCACUAAGGAGGUAGUAAUAUCUGGUUCUCAUCAUGCUUUCUGUGAAAUAGAAAUGCGGUGGUAAUAUGUGGUUCUGGUUAUGCUUUCUGUACAAGAGACCCAAAAUACCACACAACCUUCUGCUAAAUGUCGUAAUAACCCAACCCCAUGGCUGUUUACAAAAUUCAGUAGGACUUAAUUUCAGAUACUUGGCACUUGGGAUUGCAGGCUACAGUCUUCAGUUGGAUAUUAACAGUGUAAUCCUUUGCAUUUUUAUUUGGAAGCAAGUUGUUCUGUAUGCAGUGGUGUUUAUAUCCAGGUGAGUGUCAUGGGACUGCAUUCUAAGAAUAUUGCAUCUUUACUCUUGAAAUAUUUGCAUAUAUUUCACAUGCGGUUCAUAACUUUCUUAUCUCUUAUACUAAUUUAACAUUUUUUAAAAAAGCUUCUCAUUGUCAAAAAUAAUUGCUGCAGAAACGUACUACAAGUAUCUGAGCCAAAUCUUUUUGUUGUUGUUCAAACAGGUUUUGUUUCUACUGCAGUUUGUUUCAUCUUUGUUCCAACUUCUACAGUCUUGCUUGCUGGUAGACACUCGCCUGGUGAUGCAAGAUGCAUUAUUGACACCUCUCUUGGCUCAUACCUUUGUGGUUCUUUCCAUUGGCUGCAAGGAUGGCUUAGGUAAUUGUGUGAUAAGGUUUAUGUUACUGAAAUGCUUUGAACAUGAGAUCUGUCAUUUGCAUGUCGAGGUCCCCAGGGCCACCCCAAUAACUCACACAUCACACAUAAUUUUUUGUUUAAGGUUUUUGGCAUAAUUUUGGCCACAACUUUAUUAAAAUACAAAAAUGUGAGUGGUUGCUUAGGCAUUGGUUGCGACUAUCUGCCCCCCCAUGGGGGACAGACUGACAUUUCGCACGAUGCGAAAGUCAGAAUAGGGGAAUACACUUGGGGGGUAGCGACGGAGCAGGGAACCUGCCCUCAGCCCUCCCCAGAUGCAACCAGGAGGUCAUUGCUAUGGCCCAAGCCCCCUUGACAGAGUGGACAAGCAAUAGUUAACCCCGAUUCCUUUAAUGGAAGCCCUUGCAGCAGCAGCAUUAGAGGGGCAGGCACAGCCAAUCCAUGCCCCUCAACCAACCAAACCAUAAACCAAUGCCUAACUGCAACCUUACAAGUUGUGACGAUUUGCUACGCAGUAGGCAAAAACCAAAUGGCCCCAGCCAAUCAGCCAGAUGGACAAAAUUCCUACCGGGCCCCUGUCCCAAGAGCAGACGGCCCCAUAACAGGCAUAGCAAGGUCAAAGCGAACAACCAUAAUUCUAGGGAGGGGGGGACGGGCAAUCCGAUGCACGGGCGAAAAGAGGAAGCCCUAGCCUCGUGCAAUGAGUUUUAGCAUUUCUGGCUGUCAAUCAACAAAUGGCAACAUUAACUUCUUCCCAACAACAAGGGAAGCCCCAAUCGCAUCAGUGGCCAACGAUCAAUUAGCCCGCCCCUAACUUUGGAGUGUCCUGGCGGCCCCCACCGCAACACAAGCUCUCCAUGAAGGAGAACACGCUUUGGUAGAUCUCAGAGUUAUUUUUAAUGUUUAGAUCCCUGAAAUCUUGUUUCUAUAUUUUGCUGAUAGGCCCUAGCAGCGGCAAUAUCAUUUCUGUGUCCUAUUGCCUGGAAACAGAGAUUUUACAUGACUGUCAUACAGCAAAAAAGGGCUGCCCCAGGCCAGAUUUCCUCCCAGCUUAGUGUGCUUGUAUAUAUGGCUGCUUUGCUGCUUCCCUGCUACAGGGACCAAGCCGUGGUCUUGCUUAGUUAUACUUUCCAACCUGGGAAGUUCAUUUUAUUGCUUCAAACAAACCAUGAGCUGUAACCACUCAUUGUUUGUUUGUUUUAUUACAAAUUUUAAUGAUUCUUUUUUUAAAAAAACAAUGACCAAACAUAAAGUGGUGUUUUCCAGGGGAAAUACAGAAGCUAAGUAUUGUAUUCAGUCAUCCACAUGGCAUCAAAAUAGACAUGGGAAAUCUUUUACGUGAUGUGAGAUUAAACUCACAUCCACAGGGUAUAUUUCAGUCUAGAGCAUUAAGAUCAUUUCUCCAUAGUGGCUGCUGUGACUGAGGCGGUAAGGAGAUUACUGCACAAUUGUAAAUAAAUGAUAUAAAUUGAGACCAUAUGGAGUCAUACCCAUCUUUCUCUAUUAUUCCUUUUAUCGCCUUCCAAUCUUGAAUUAAGUGCUAUAUUCUACACAUAUUGGAGUGAGACAAAUCAUGAGACUACAGGUAGGUUCAAACAUAAAGCUAAGUCAGAUCAUGGCUUAGCUUCAAGUAACACAGCAGGAGUGAAGCAACUGAUAUUUUCUCACUACAACAGCACUCUUGCUCAUUCGUGCUAAACCAUAUUUUGGCUUAGCUUUGCAUGUGAACCAGGCCAACGUCCGAAAGUAGUAAUCCCUUCUCACUUUCUAUAUGGGCACUGUAUAGUAAUACUUACUGAUCAGAACUAUGUGGUUUUUUAUUUGUAUGUUUAAUUGGCAGGGCCAGAGAUAACUGCUGCAGUUCACCAAACUUGGGAAGACUCAUUCAGCCUUCUCACUACUCUGUUAAGAAAAUGUGGCCAUGCCUCUCUGCCAUUUGUGACUGCAGCUCUUGCAAAGCAUUGGAUUCCAGUAAUCGGUAAGACCUAUUUUUCAGGUGCCUUGAUAUCUGCACAGAUAAUGAUAACUUAAGACCAGAAUGUGGUCUUUUCAAAGGAAUGUGUUUGUUGGAACCACUUUUGCUGGUAUUUGAUUGCAUGCUUGUAAGUUUCUUUAUUUGCUUUUGUCUACCACGUUCAGGGCUCAACAGAACUCAUUUUCAGCUCAUAAAGAGAUGAACCUAGGUAUAUGUGUGCUUCUAUAGUGAUUCUAGUCCUUGGUGAUAAUGGGAUGAACUGGCCCAGUGCCAUUUCUCCUCCCUCUCCCAAAGUGGCAUGAGGACCAAAUGAAAAAGGAGGGUAGCACUUCUGUAUAUUUUAAUAAUUGUGUAGAGGAAGGACUACUGGCAGGUGUAACUUGAACAGGAGUGGCCCUCCAGAUAUUUUUAUGUACAACAACCAUAAGCCAUUUUCUUACCCAUUGCCUUGCAUAUGCUUUUUUGAACCCAGUGCCGUAAUAUGUAGUUAAAUAUAUUUAUUUCUGUAAAUACUGCAACAUAGAACGCAUUAUCUUUUUCUUUUCUUUUUUGUAUUUUAGAAACAAUAUGUGAAUGUAUGCAAUUCUCUGUCAGACACCCUGAGCUGUGUGUGGCCUGCUUACAGUUCCUUGCUGUCCUGUUUUCCGAAGAGGGGAAAAGAGAGCUCAACAGUAAAGAGAGUGCUUGCUACCACCCAACAGUGGUUUUCCUUCUAGAUGAGGAUGAGAGGAGCCGAGAUUCUGUGGCCAAACUCUGUGAAUUAAUAAUUCAGGUAGAAAUUUAUAAUAAUCCAAUUUCAGUGUGGUGCAUUUAAGUCUUACUAGUUACAUGGGCAUCUAUCCCACAUACUUUGCUGGCUUAUUCAUUUUAAGUUACUCAAAACAAUGUGUGUGGGGUUUUUUUGCCCCUCUCGGUGGGAAGGGACUCUAUGAAAAGAUUCAGCCUGUGAGGCUAAUGCAGCAGAUCCUCCAGAGUAGCUUAAAAAGUUGCAGCCCAAUUGUGCACCUGCCUACUUGGAAGUAACAUCUAUUGGUUCAGUGGACUGUGCUCCUAAGUAACUGUAAUUGUAAAGACAUUGGAACUAAUUGUAAAGACGCCGUAAGUGCAGGCAUUCUGCUUUCUCACAGACAUUUGGUUAGCCACUCUGCAAACAGGAUGCUGAACUAGAUGUGCCGUUGCCCUGAUCCAGCAGGCUCUUUUUAUGUUCUUAUGCAGGGGUCAGCAAAGGUUUUCUGGCUUGGGCCAGUUCACGGUCCCGCAGACGCCACAGUGGGCCAGGGUGCGCGCGCACACAUGCGCAAACACCGUUCCCGGUGCGAAGGAGGUGUGCACAGCUUCCCAUUGGCUGCAGGACCUUCCUGCAGAAAGCCGGCCAGUGUCACUGAAGGCGGUCUCUGCUCUGCUCCGCACCAGUUUAGCAUGGCACAUGGGAGCCAACUGAGUGGGCCGUGGGGGUCCCAGAGUGGGCCGCAGGGGUCCAUGGGCUAGUUAAACGACCCUCAUGGGCUGCUUGGCCCAUGGGCCUUAGGUUGUUGACCCCUGUUUUUAUGUAUCAUUGAUAUUUGCCAUGGUGUCAGCAUGUGUGGGAGAAGAUAAAGCAAGUAGUAAUUUGACUGGAAAAAUUGAAAAUCCGAAAGGAAGGGAAGGUGAUGCAGAAAAGAAGUGUCAGAUAGUGUUAUGGGUGCUCUUGAAGAAAGGCAGAAGAAUAGUGUGAAUAGGAUUAUGGGAGGAGGCGGAGCUGGCUCCAGGUUUGAGGUAACCCUCUGGUGGGCCCAUGCUUCAUUCUGUGGGCUCUGUGGAUUUUCCUCACUGUGGAAGUGUUUCAGGCACCACAGCAGCAGGGCCUAACUGUGCUUUUGUUAUUGUUGUUUGUUUCCCAAAAUGUCCAGAGGAAGGCUUGGCCCAAGAGCAUUGUGGGAAACUCAAAGGCUGGCUUAGCCCCACAUGGGGCUACUCUAAUGCUAGACCAGGGGGGUGGGAAUUAAGGGGGUGGUGCUAGGGAAGGCAUCUUCAGUGGGCCCUACCAAGACAUUGGGGUUAUGGCAGCUGCUUGAGGUGCUGAUGCCGGCUCUGAUAAGAGGGAUUGUUAAGAAAGGGAGAAAUAAGAGGGGUUGGUGGCAGCUGUCUCUAGCAUGAAAACAAUGUUAUUGGCUCCUUCCAGAGAUGCAUAUCAGUUUCACUAAACUUUGUUUGGGACCACAUAAUUCCUCUAUUUUACAUAGUCUUGAGCAUACUUCUCUUAUUAAACAUAAGUGAAAAAGAAGAACUGAAUCCAUAAAUGGUUUUUCUAUUCUAAUUCUAACUUGCCCAUAUAUUUGUGGCUUAUUUUAAUAUUAUAUUAAAGCACGUGACUAUUGAGUUCUUCAUAAAUUACAGUACUGUCCUAUAUUUACAUAGGGUAAAUCCCACAAUAUUCAGUGGAGCAUACUGCCAGUAAGUGUAGGUUUUCAGCCUAAGUCUGAAUCAAGCCCUCAGAAUAUCUGCUAAAGCUAGGGGUGUGGAGGAACAUUAUUUGGCUUUCAAUGUAUGUUUAUUUUCCUAUUAAAUGUAAGUUGAAAAUCGCCUUUGUUAUCCCACCCCUUUUUGCCCCUUUGAAAUGAAAUUUUUCUCUGAGACAUGGCAGUGUGUUUGCCUUAGCUUUAGUUCCCUUAACUGCAAUAUUCAAGUGGUCUCAAAAUAUUGAAGCCAGUGUCUUCUAAAUUUGAUUGCUUUAUGGACUCAAGACUCUUGGCAUCAGAUACAGGAUAAUCCCAUCCCAUUUUAGCCACAGUGCUGUUAAUGGUAUUAUAGCUGUCUAUAAGCACCCUCUUUUCUUUUUCUUUGAGACCUUGGUAAAAUAUUCUCUUGCGUACUGCUGAUCGAUAUCUUUGCAUUUACUUUGUAUUUUACUUCUCUAUUUCCCUGUGUAAAUUCUUUCUUAUUUGAUUUACUGCCAUCAAAAUCAUGCUCUUAAGCCAUGGAAUAGCAGUAAAAUACUGAAGCACUUCAUGCCUUGCUAUUCUCAGCUCCCUUUUUUACCAAGUCAAUGCCUAUAGUUCUGUUACCCAGCGGAUUGGGCUUCUAACCCAUUUCUUUUGAGCUUUUUAUUCUUGCAGUGAGUUCUUCUGUAGAUGAUGACUCUGGUGAAAAUAUUACUUCUUCUCAAGUACAAGUCUGAAAAAUCUACCAGACCUUUACUGUCUAGGACCAAAUACAAGUCAGAAGAUAAGCAGAUCUUAUUUAGGAUGUUAUAUUCAUCAACUGGCUAGGGCCUCAAGCCUGUUCCUCUUCCAAUUUCUUUCCAUUAAUAUGACCUGCUUCAGUUUGAAUGAAACUAAAAUAACUUCCUCUUAAAUGACCCAUUCAGUUUUUGCUACCUUCAGUCUAAUGAUGAUCCUAAUUGUGUUGGAGGAGGAGGUUAUUUUAAUGGGAAUCAAUGUUCUUGAGGCACCAGGUCUGGAUCCAGUGCAUUUUAUUGGGAAUGCAUAUUUUUAUUUUCUGUAGGCACUACUCCUUAUUUGCACUCGGUGAAUUGAAAUAUGCACGUUUAAUUGUUUGUCCUUUCUGCAUUCUUCCACUCUUCUGUGUUGCUUCCUCUCUCUGCUUGCAUUUCUUAAGUGAUAAAAUAACGAAAUAACAGCAUAUCCAGCAAAAUGAUUUUUUAAAAAGAAUAUUUAUUAUAUUUACAUACAUAAAACAGGAGAUUUCCCCCCUAUUAUCUUCCUGUGCACCCGCAUGCCCCCAAUUUUGGCUCUGGAGGGUCAGGAGAAAACACCAGAAUUGUUCCAACUAGCAAUCUGAUAUGACAAAAUGCUUGUGGUAGUGCAGUAAUUUCAUCCAUAAACUAACAGGAGGAGGGUUUCAGAAGUUUCACUUUUAUAUAUGUCUCUCUCUCUCUCUCUCUCUCUCACACACACACACACACACACAUAUAUAGUAUAUUUGUUUUUGUUUUUUUGCUUUUUCCUGCUAUCCUGUGUCUGACUGUAACACAGUAUGCGUUGACAAUAAGAUAAAACAGAAAAUCAAAUAAAAAUAAUUUUAAAAAGAACACACACACAUUCAAAAGUAAACUCAUGAAGAAGUAUGUAUUUAUCACAGAAGAUAGUAAAGGAAAGCACAGAUGAAAAUAGGAACAUGAGUGAAAAGAGCUUAAAGAGAAAAGCCCAUGCUGGGCUCCCAUGAAAAUCUUAAAUGGGGACAAAGUGAUUCCUAUUUCUCUAUAUGUGGAUUAAAAUUUACACAGGACUAACAAUCCUGUUUUGUGGGCCAGGUUUGUGCAAAUUCUCCACCCCCCUCCUCCUCACAACUUAAAAGAAAAUAACAGGGUUUAUGGGUGGGGGGGAAUUGGCUGCAUACAUUUUACAAGCCCCAAAAUGUGGGUUAGUGUUAUGAGCCUUGGGCUUGUGCUUUUCUCACCCCCAGUGUGGACAUAAUUUAAAAUUGAAGUUUUCAGUUUUGUCUUUCAGUGCCAUUUAGUAUGUUGUUUGAACUGAACAAACUGUAGUUAAUCUUAAAUGGUUCGUUGAAACAAGCCUGCUCAUACAAAAGCAGCCCAUACAUAUUUUUAAAUAAGAAUGAAUAGAGACCAACCUACUUAAAAAGAAGUUGGCUCAUUUCAGUUAACCACUGUUAGGAUCAACCAUAGUUUGUCUGGGUUUUAACAACAUAGCAAGCCAUGGUUAAUCUAAAACAGAAACGAAAGUUUCCAAAGCUCCUAUGGCACAGCUGCAAGGAGUGGGGAGUACGUGAGCCUGAGGUUUGCUGCAAGGUGUUCUUGUAAUGUUAAAAACAACAUCUAUUGUAUAAAAUCUAUACUAUUUCAAAAAGUAUCUCAUUGUAAGAGACAGCAAGAGACAGGAGUAAUAAAGGAACAAUCAAGAGGCAAGACUAUAUGCUGAUAAGUGCUAAGGUUGUGAGGACCACCCUUGCCUUCCUGUUUUGCCACAGAAUCACUUUCCUUGAGCAUCCUUUGUAUCUUGGCUGUUGAAUGCUGGAUGUUUUUAAGGUGUCCCUGGAAAACUUGGGGUUUUCCCCUGCUAUGUGACCAUGUAACCCAUGUAACAUCACUAGUUCUUCAGCUUCUGUGCCUUGGAACUCACAUCUGGUGUUAAAGUUCCCCUUAGUAUCCAGUUGGCUAGAGAACUGUGGCUAACCUAUCUGCUAUGACAGGCAUAGGCAAACUUGGUGCUCCAGAUGUUUUGGGACUACAACUCCCAUCAUCCCUAGCUAACAGGACCAGUGGUCAGGGAUGAUGGGAGUUGUAGUCCCAAAACAUAUGGAGGGCCGAGUUUGCCUAUGCCUGUGCUAUGACAUCUGAGCAGACUUACCCACAGCUCCACUGAGGCAGAGAUAUCAGAGGUCAAAGGGGGAAUUUGAGGGUGGAAUGAAAAUAUAGCCUACCUGGCUGGCAGGCUCUUUGACGGCUUGGUAAUAACUCUGUCUCUGUGAAAGAAGUUUCCUGAAAAGGGCAAGUGACACUAUUGCAGUGGUUGGAUUCACAUGCUGCUUUUUAAAAAGGCAUGUAAUUUCAGAGAAAGCAGUUAGAGUAGCAAAAUCAAAGCAGGCACUGAUGUAAGAGCCAGGUAUAUUGAACAAAGGAGACCAAAGAGGGCCUGAGGUUCACAUCUAGAGAAGAGGAACAAUAGUUUGAAAUCAUCUACAUUGAAGAUUUGAUAAGUGUCAUGACAAAAGGAUAACUCAUCAUCACCUUUCCACUCACUGGUUAUCAGCAGGAAUAAAAAGGAUGGCCACUUAAAAUAGGAGGAACCUGUCAAUCCAGUCACUUCUGUAGAAGUAUUGGGUUAAUUUGCAGAAAUUGCCAAGGGGCAAACUAGAUGCGACAGCUGAAGGCCCACGUGUUAGAAUGUUAAUGAGCUCUUAUAAAGAGAGAGGAUACUAAAGGCAAGAAGGGGUACUGCAGCCAUUUUCCCCAGACCAUUUUUCUCUUAGUGUGGACUGUAAGAUGGGGAGUAUUCCUUGCCAAGAGAGAAGAUGCUGUGGAUACGUUCCGGGGGGAAGUGUGGGGCAGGGAAGGAUUCAGUGACACCCUCCUGCCCAGCCAGUGGAUUGGAAGAAGGCCAUCAAAUUGUGCCUGAUUCCAGACAACACUGAGGACUCCGCUAUACAGCUGCAAAUAAAACGUUUUAAGUGUGUUUCAAGUACAAUAUACAAUGUGACACUAGAUGGCGAUGGUGAGCAUUAUGGAAUAUUCAACGUAUUUUUAAAAACUUUUUAAAAAGCAUUUUCAGAACGUUUUUUAAUAUUUGUGUAGAUUCCACCUGAGACAUUUCUCUGGUUCUAAUCUCUGGGAAUCAAAUGUAGAGUCUGUUCUCAAUGGUAGUAUAAUUUUCCACCCCAAAUGAAUGGGGUUUUUUUGGGGGGGGGAUACCUGUGCUGCCAAGUUUCAUUGAGAUUUAAAUUUUAUUAUUUUGUACUGAAUGCAUUUUAUGUGUGAUGAAGGACAGUCUAGAAAACCGGUAAGUAAAUGUGUAAAUGGAAUUUGCAUACAUUUAACGUGUAACUUCCUGCAGGAUAUGUUCUCUGAAUUUUCUGUGUGGUAACCAAUGUUGCUUUAUUGGUAGAGCUAUGAAGGAAAAUCCUCUCAGGAUGUGCUGAAGCGAGUUGCUGCCAGUGCUUUGCUUCCCCUUUUGGCUGUCAGUAAAAGUGCCCAGAAAUGUGCUUUGGAAGGUGAGCUGCCUUGCUAUAAAACACACUGAGGUUGUCCUUACUGUGUAGGGAAUGCAAAAACAGCCUUACACAUUUUAUUUAAAACAAGUGUUCCCAAGUCUACUUUUGGUAACAUGCAAAACCAAGAGUAGGAUCACAAUCAACGUUAGAACAUGCUGGUUAUGAGCAUUACUAGAGAAAUGGCACCAUAACAGUUGGCUUUCAUUUUGUCAUGCAUUUAUAGGUACUGUACCAUUAAACAGACUUAUCUGCUCAAGUGGUUCUGGUUCAAUGAUGGAUAUUUUUAGAAGUUCUGAAUUAAUGCACGUUAGUGUCUUUUGUGUUUCUGUAUGUGAAAAGUCUGUCAAAAACGUAUCCAUAUUUGUAAUUCUAAGUGUUCAUUAUCUUCUCCUGGCCCUUAAUAACCUGUUUAUAGACACACCAUAGUCAAGCAGUGCAUUUUGAAUGCCCUUGAAUCUAUGAGAGCCUCGGAGUAAAUCCCUUGUGGAGAACCUUGCAUUUAGACAGUACAGUCUAGGUGGGAAAACACAAGGUUGAUGUCGGCAUGUAUUUUAGCACUCUGUUUACUUCAGAAACUUGAAGAACCAUUUUAAAGGUCUCCCGUGGCACCAAUGUUAAGGUUCAGGCAGGAAGAUCUAGUAUUUAUUGAUGCCUGAGCAACCUCAGAGGGUUGCCGUUCCUCUUGCUUGCAAAUGAGCAAAUAAGAACAAAAUAAAAGCAGUUAUUGGUAUUCCUUGUGGGUUGGUUCCAAACUUGUGCCUCUGCAGAUGGAUGGGUUCCUUCAGUUCACGGAGAGAAGCAGGGCCCAGCAGAGCUCCCCAAUGGAGGAAAGGGGGUGGUGGAAGAUGGUUUUCACUGAUCCCCUGUACCACCUCCCCAUGUCCUGGAGGGUCUCCCCACCUGCCAAAGGAGCUUUACAGGAGGCUGCAAGGCGGAAUUGGUAAAAAAAAUGUUACACACUGUGACUAUCUCCUCAAUCCACUCUGAAUGAAACCCAACACUGAGCAGCGUACCUGCUGAUAAUUAAUGUUGUCAUUUUUGUAUGGUUAAAUAUUUGAUAAGGAUAGCAUGUUUAAGGAAAAGCCAGCGAAAUGUUACAUAGUGUCUCUAAAAAGAAAAAUCAUACGGAACAGUAACACCCAUAUUUACAGAACCAAAGCAAUUUACUUAAUAAUCCCUUUCCAGAUGUGUAGUAAAAAACAAGCCCCAAAACUUGCAUGUCAGGGCCGAAGAUGUGAAUGGUUUGAGCCUGAGUUGCAUAGGUUCUCAUCCUACCGUUGUGUCUUGGUCAGUUGAAUCCGUAGAAAAGAAAUAAUUGUACAUUGAAGACACACUCUUUAAACUAUGAGCUAAUUGUAAAAUAAGUGAGACAUGUUAACUGCCUGUUGAAAUCCUCCCAAAGUAAUAGGAUUUAUCAAGCAAGCUAGCCAUACCUUUCUCUGAGAUGCUAUAAGCUGUUAGACAGUCUACAGUUCCUGGUGGCCCCUGAGCAUGUUCAUUCCUCAUUGGUCUAGUUUCCUUUUGUGGACUAGGGAGGGGCUCCCCAUUUUUAUUUGUUUUUUUAAGUCUUUCUCCCGCCCAUCUGCAAAUGCCAGGAUGCCCUGAGAAUGACGAUGCCUCCCUAGAGUCUGCUAUUAGGGGGACUGAUUGCUUAGUUAAAUUCAAAUGUAGUAACUUGAAAUGUUAAUUAGGCUUUGGGUACUUAAGCUUGUCAUUUUGCAUGCAGUAUGUCACCUGAACACAUUUUGUUGUUGUUGUUCUAGAAAUAAUAUAAUGCACGUCCAUCAAUAUAAAAUAAAAUAGAAAAUGUGACUCGUUGGUUACUGAUAGAAUGUCUGAUACUUCCACAUUUUGCAAGUACAGUGGUACCUUGGGUUACGAACUUAAUUCGUUCCGGAGGUCCGUUCUUAACCCAAAACUGUUCUUAAGCUGAGGCACGCUUUCGCUAAUGGGGCCUCCCGCUGCUGCCGGCGCACAAUUUCUGUUCUCAUCCUGAGGCAAAGUUUGUAACCUAAGGUACUGCUUCUGGGUUAGUGGAGUUUGUAACCCAAAGUGUUUGUAAAACGAGGUGUUUGUAACCCGAGUAACCACUGUAUUUGAGUGUAGGCAGCUUUGUUGAUAGAGUGCAUUGUUCAUUACAGCCAACCUAAUAGAAACCUGCUUGGAACAGAUAAAGCACAUUCAUGCACAACUGAACCUAGACUCCUUGAGGCCUGGAAAAGCAGUCCCAAGGAAAAAGGUAAUUAAAAAAGAAAAUUUGUAAAAUUAAUAUUAAAAAUUUGGACUUUCUCCUACUGAUGUUGCAGAGCACAAUCCAGUGCAUGUCUAUGCACAAGUAAAUCCCAUUGUGGUAAUUGGGGUUUACUCCUGAGUAAAUGUUUUUGGGGCUUAAGAAAGAGUGUGUGGCCUAGUGGUUAGUGUGUUGGUCUGGGAUCAGAGAAUCUUGAGUUCAAAUCUACACUCGGCCAUGAAGCUUAUUUGGGGACUACAUAUCUUUAGGUUCCAAGAGAAAACAUCCCUCUUCUCCCAGGCCUUUGGUUAAUUAAACAAUCUGUGGCCUUUUAAACUGGUUGGGGGGGAGUUAUUGUUUUUGUUUGUUACUCUGUUAUGUCUUUUCAUGGUUUUAUAUUGUAAACUGCCGUAUGAUCCUUGGAUGAUGGGUGGUAUAGAAAUUUAAUAAAUAAAAUAGUGCCUUUGUACAAUGAAGGUACUUUAUUUAAGCUUCUGCCAUUGUUUAAAGCCACCAUUUUCAUCUCAGUUUCCUUCAUGUCCAUUUUACUCAAAAUUCUAUUAUUGUUUUAUGCUUUAUCCUUUUCAUUGUCUCUUCCUUUUAGCUCCCACCCUAUUGCCACUUUUGUUAAACAACCUGUCUUCACUUUUUCUCCCCCACCCCGCCCUGAUUUCAUGCAAAUCCAAGAUUGUGAUGUGGCACUACAAAUCCCCCAGUGUGGUCUUGCUUGAUAACAUUCUUACAUUUUUAUUACAUGUAAAGAGAAGAGCAAGAGCAGACUUCUGUUGAGCCCUUUUGAAAGCUGCUGUUUGUCCUUUCCCCGACCCAGUUUAUCACCGUACUUUCGUUCCUUUCCAUUGCGCUUUUGAGAGCAAACCCUUUUAUUGCCAUCCAGUGAAUUUGCUGUGUUUGAAAACGUAGCUUCCAUUAUGGAUUCCAUAUUGUAUCGCUCUUCCUUUAUGUUCAAUAGAGCUGAAAUGCUUCUUCUGCGUUAGAUGAGCUUAUUGAAAUUCAAUAAUCUUUUCCACAGACAGUUAGAAUGCCAGCAUCUUAGAAAGCAAGGUGGUCAAGGUGCAAUUCCAGUGUGGUAAAAUAAGUCCAGAAGCAAAAGGUGCUAUAUAUGUCAUAUAAAGCAGUUUCUGGUUAGAUAUUGAUGCUAAAUCACUUUCUUUAUUUCUUUUUGUUCUACUAGGAUGAUAAUAACCUCAGCAAAGAAAUAAAGCUUGUCAUGCAGCUCCUAAGAAAUUGCUUCUUUCGAAAUGAAUCCUGCAAAGUAAGAGAUGUGGGGGCACAUGCAACUUUCAGCUGAAAAUGUUGGUGGAGGCACCUCUUCCAAGCACUAGCAGAAGCUUCUGGAACAUUUUCUGGAAUUUCAAACAGUUUCCAAGAUGUGUGGUGGGGGGUGAUUCUCUUUACUGAAUGUAAGUUGCAGUGUGGGCCUUCCCUCCCCCAGUAAAUCUGAACUUACACUUUCUGUUGUAUUUGAGUGUGGUAAGCUCAAAAUGGCCUCUAUACUCCGCUUGGUCGAAUAUGCAGUUGCCGAUUUCCUUAGCCACAAGAUGAAACAUUAUUGUAUGCCUUUAAGUACCAUAUCUCACUGCUUCUAUUCAUUAGUUGUGAGGGUUUUAACUUUUACUCACAGUUUCUCUUAUGAAAGUAGCUUUUCAGUAUUACACUGUCCUCUUGUCUCUGUCCGACAGGCAGCAGCCCUUGGAACUCACCUUAUCUCUGUUUUGCACGCUCUGUGGCCGUGGCUUUUAAUGGAUGACUCACUGAUGCAAACAGCUCUGCAUUUGCUCUGUGUCUACACGGCAAACUAUCCUUUAGGUGGGUGACGAGUCAGACUUUUGUUUACUUCUUUAUUUGGAUAUAAAUAUGUGUUCCACCCUUCUAGUGCCUGUACGCUAUGCAGGGCAGCUAACAACACUUCAAAAUAAAACCAAAAAUGCCACAGAGGCAAGAGCUGCAGAAAAAACAUCACAGUUAAACAAAACCUCAAGUCCUCUGCAAGGAAAAGUCUGCUGGUAAUAAAAAUGUCUUCCUCAGCAUUUAAAAGACAGAGAUGGGAGCCCCCAUGCCUCCCAGGGCAAAUGUUGGUGGUGUGGCCACCGGGUAUAUUUUGUACUGGAACAAUCGCCAGAAAAUACUAAUCCAAGCAAAAGCUGUGAGGGGGAAACUACAGUUAACAUUUGUUUUGUGCAUUAUCCUUUACUGUCCCUGUGCUAUGCAAGUGAAAGUCCUCUUCAAAUUCCCUACUGAACAUGACUGGAAAACUUAUAUAACAUGCACGCCUACUUCCUUAAAGGAAUAGGUAGAUAUUGUAAAGUGGAAUCAACUAACCCUGUUUGCUAACAGAACCCAGUGCAAAGGCUCCCACUAGUGCAACAGGCCCUCCCCUUCUCCCCACCCCCCACCGCUUUGGAGGGUUGGGAGAACCCCACAAUAGCAUGCUGGGAGAUUGUUUCAUCAGCUGACUUUUGGUCAACUAACUUUUGCUCAGAGUAGACCCAUUGAAAUCUAUGGACCAAAUGAUCAUUAAUUUCAGUAGGCCUACUAUGUGUAGAAGUUAGUUGACUCUGGCCCUGAGUUUGUAUAUAAUAUGGCUACCCUUUGAUAUCAUUUAUUCUUUCUUUCUCCUCUCGUAGCAGUUUUUUAAAAUUUAUUUUAGGAAUAAGCACAAAAUAGUAAUAUAAGCAUAGUGUGUCUACACAGCAUCCAUAGGUACAUUCUGUUAACAACCAAAUUUUCUGUCAAUCAGCAAUACCUUUCAUAAUACUUUUUUUGAGAUGUACACUGACUGAACCUGUAUGGAGAGCCAAAUAAUUUUUGCUAAAUUAAAUGCCUACACCUAGCAUGGCUAGGUUUUACAUUACAGGAAAUAAGAAUCCCAUGAGUAGGCAUCUGCAUAGCUUCAGAAUAGGAGGAAACCCAGGCUAUGAAAGUUUCAGACAUCUAUUGUUUUGAGGAGAAGGACAGUGAACUUCAUUGCAUAUAGCAGCAUUGACUUUCUAAUGUGGGUGAUGAGUUCAUGUGCUCAGUGAAUCUAAAGUAUGUGAAUACAUGAGGAACUCUUGUCUCCUGUGGUUCAGUUUUCCACAUAAACCUGUAAUUAGUAUCUAUGAGGUUGAUGCUUAUAUUUCUAUUUAUGACAAUUUUGUAUGAAUAUAUCUAAAUUGAAAGCAUGAUUGGGAAGAGUGGAAAAUUUUAUUUUGAUCUGUUGUCAUAGAAGAUGAAUGCAUUUCUGUUUAAAAACAGCCUUGCCUUUUAUAUAUUAAAUAAACCACACUAUCAUAACAAUUCAGCAAUGUGGUAUACAGCAUACAAAAUACAGUAACAUCAAUUGAAAUAUUGAGACACACAACCUUCCAUUUCUGUUGUGAAUAGAUUCUGAAGACUGGUUUCUAUGCACAUCAUUACAGAAGUAGCUUUAAUUUCCUGGUAGUCUUAUAAAACAUUAAGUCAAUUUAAAUUAUCUUUCUAGACAUUGCAAUGAAGAGCUGUGCAUGUCCAAGGUUCUGCAUGCCUGAGGUGGGCUUUAGACUUAUGUUCUCAAACAACAGCCUUCAGUUUUUCAAACUAAACUGAGAAGACACUCAAACACAGACUGUAAUGCAGCAGAGCAUAUUCAAAGAAAAUACUUCAAUUCAACUGGGCAGGCCAUUACCUUAAGCAUGCUUGCAAUAGCAUUUAGGGUCAUGGCCAUGGCUAGGAGCCCAUGUCUGCAAACCAAUUUUUAUUCAGACAUUAAGCCAAAUUACGUUCCUCAAGGCAUAUUCUGGGACCUUUCCUGUGCAAAAGUGCACCAGUGUAAAACUAUUACUACUAGAGAUGUCUCUGAAUUUUAUAACUCCUUGGCAACUCAAAAUGCUCACCUCAAAUAUGAGAUGAGUAUUGUGACCCUCAGGUUCUUCUCCGGCUUGGAUUUUAAUCUGAUUCAGAAAAGAACUUCACUCCAGCUCUAUCUUACCCAUCUAUAAGUCCCCAACUACCCACCAGUUUACUGGUUGUGGGAAGGAGAGAUCUGUUCUCUGUGUGUUGUUUUCCCCCUCACACCCUUCCAGGGCUUGAUACUGCUGUGGUAGGAAUCCAAGCAUCAGGAGCAAUUAUGAAAUGUCGUUUUCUCAGUUCUCCUGAAAUCCAGAGGUACACCAGGGGUCAAUUUGGCUGGGAAUAACUUGAGAGGCUUUCAGGUUUCAAGGAAGGGGAUGAAGAAACUGCUCUGCUUAUUCUAAACUGAUUUGAGGAGUACUGUGGGGGCAGUUGCCAGUGAAAAAGAGAAUCUCUUACAAAGCACAGAAGGACCCUUGUGUGGACAGGAAACCACUAAUAGUGAGUUUCAGCAUCCUAAAUUGUUUGGGUUAUAAUUAAACAAUGUUCAUGCUCAAAAAUUAAGUGGGUGUGAUCUCUUUAAGAAGUCUUAUUAUGUUUUCAAUUUAUUUGUUGCCUCUCACUGAAGCCUCAAGUGGCUCAUCUUUGCAGCUCUUUAUUUAACAGGCUUUACGUGAUUAGAUUUCCAAGAUUUGAUGGUGGGAAAUUAUUAAUGCAUUUAUGUCAAGAGUUUUAUGAAGAUAAAUUAUAUUUGCCACUAAUAAAAUUUGUAGAUUGCAUUAAUAUAUGCUUUAUCCAAAAUGCACUUAAGAUUGGAUUGGGCCAACUUUCCACCUAGUCCAAAUUCUGUUUUCGGCAGUGGCAGUGCAGAGGUGUCUCAGGAGUACUCACAAAUGGCAUGAAGACAUCACCCACCCACCCCAGUUUGUCCCCAGCACCUGGCAACUGCCUCUUGACAUUGAGAACAUUUAGCUGCCCCAUCUAACAGCAUCUGGGAUAUCUAUUCUCUAAUGUCUAAUCCCAUUACUAAAUAUUCUGGCAGUAAAUUGUACAGUUACAAUUAUACAAUUGUAAAAGCACUUGUUCUCCACCUCCAGUGCUACUUUUUAAAAUCAUGAUUUGCUCCCUCUAACACCAAACCUAGGUGGUGAGUUCCAAAAGGACUUGGGGCCACUGGAACAGGAGAAGGGAAAUAUCAACAUGCUGAGGGGAACCCUGCAGGUGGGGGAAGAAACCCUAAGAGGACUAAGUAGCCUGAUGAGAACUGAUCAUGUUUUGUAGCCACAGAUUACUGGGAAGAGUGAUUUAGGAAACAGUGGGGAUGUGAUGGAAUGCCCUGCUUGCAGGAAGCAGCUGGCUUGAUCCCCUGAAACAGGAGGCAAGGACAAACAGCAAUGUUGUUCUGAAGGACCAUCUUGUAAAAACUGAAUACGAUUUGUUCUCGGAAUUCUGUUAAACACAUCUAGACAUUUUAAAUAGGGUAUUAUUGGUCCAUGGACUGUCCGAAUACUUCUAACCCGAAGAAAGGAAAUAAAAGCAAAUGUGAUAGAAACAUUACAUAAUCACCAGUAUUAUCAUGAAAACGAAAUAUCCUAUUUGUAAUUCUUUAUUGUAUGGAAGUGUAUCUAGAUAUGUACAUGCACAAACCGUUUCUGGUUAUUUUAACUGACCCAAAUUUAAUGUACUUCUUAUUGAGAAGAAGCUUGAAGCAUAAAUUUUCUUCUCUGAUCAACUUACAAUAAUUUUAGUAGAAAGCUGAUAAAAAAGGCUGUAUAAAUACUUUAAUGGUUCAUUCAUAGGUCUUGGUAUGUUGUUUUGAAAAUACAUAUUUCAUAAAUCAUAAUGAAAUUGAUAAGAUUACAUUUUUAUACAAAAAGGAUACAUGUAUUUAUGGAAACUGUAUAUGUAUAUGUUUUUCCUGAUGGUUAAAUGCAACUGUGGUUCCAUCUUUGAAGGCUGUGGUUCUCUGUGUUUGGCAAGCAGUGGAUUGUCUCCUCUUCAAACAGCCCAACGAACAGCAGCUGGAAACUCUCUAAUGCAUAGCAUUGUGAAGUUGGCUGCCCAAACCCCAGCCGAGAACAGCACCAUCCAGCAGAUGACCUUUAAUCUUCUGGCUAACGCCGUUGUAUCUCAUGACUGCAAGGGUGUUCUUCAGAAGGUAUGCAUACAUUUUAUUUCUAAACUUCACAAAAAAGUUUAGGUUUUGCACAAAACCAAGUGAAGAUGUUAAGACACUUAUGUGGUCUGAACCAAGCAAAAAAUUGUGAACAGAAAAAUGAUGCUUAGGAUGAUGAAUUGGAGGGUAAGUUAUAGGGAAAGGCAUAGCAAACAUAGGCUUGGUUCAUACAUCACAUUAAACCAUAGUUUAUUUUAAACUAUGGCUUAAAGUGAAUAAGCAGUAUGUUAGUGCACACUCCUCAAAAGCCCACAUAUAGGGAUUGUAAGAUGAUACAGUUAUCAUCAACAACAAUGAAAAGUUUUGAAAAAAAGCUGUUUUCUAUUAUUCAUCCAUGUAAUUUAAUUGUUGGUUAUGACAAUUUGCAAAAACAACAACUACUAUACAUGAUUUUUUUGUCACAGGACAUUAUUUAUUUAUUUUUUAAAAGAAAAGAAUUGUAGUAUAGGCAUAAUUUAGUUACUUUGCAUACUUUUGCAUACAAGCCUAAUUUAAAGACUAUGGGUUGUAUUCAACCAACUUUGCUCAGUGUAGAUCCAUUGAAAUUAAUGGAUUGAUAUUAAUGGACCCUUAUCCUGGAAUAUCUUGCUAUAGGAUUGCUUCCUCAUUGCUAUAUUGUGCACACUGUUUUCCUAGCUGCUGUUUCAACUGCUGUUCCCUACUCACCAGUUUUCUAUGUUGCACAUCGUAAAGUAAAAUAAUUAGGAUAAUAUUUGCAUACAGCUCCAAUACAUUUAGACAUUAAUUAUAUGCACUGUCAAUAUACUUUGUCAUGUGUCAACAUUGCUUUUUGUAGAAAGGUGGGCCUCUAUCCCUUGAUCUUCAUUUACAUUCUUUGCUGCUUUGAAAAAAAUGUCAGUAUUGUUAUCUCAAAAAUGAAAAGCAUGGGAUGUGCCUUUUUCCAGAAAUGAUUGGCUUGCUUUGAUGCAAUAAUUCUCUUUUGAAUAAUACAGUAAUUUCCUGCUUAUGCUUGAUGAACGCUGUUGGAAACUAUAAAGCACUUAAUCAUUAGGGCAAUUCCCUCCCUCAUCUGUGAGCUCACGAUCUUUUCUGCUUCUUAGAGCAAGACAAUGAGUGGAACAAGGAAAUAAUAGUCUCUAUUCCUUUUGCCCAUCAAGCAGAGCAGAAAUGGGAAUUGAUUGUGUCCUUACUUCUGGUCUUGAUAAGUUGGUUGGCAUAGUACAGCAUUCCACACUUAAAACUACUUUUGACUUUGCUAUUAGUAUUAUUGCUUGAUUUCUAUACCAAAAAUUUGGUUUACAGAAUGUCAAAUGAAAUGCAACAGAAUAAAAUAAAGAGGCAGAAAUACAAAAAUGGGUCAGCUGAUCAGAAAGUUAUUUAAAAAAUAAUGAUUCAUAUGUUAAGCUUGCUGAAGUAACUAAGUCUUAAAUUAGUAUGUACUAAUCACCUGCUUAAUGACACUUGUCUGCCAUGAGGGUUGAGUAUAGCUCAGUAUUAACACAUCUGAUGGCAAUAAUGUUCCCAGAGUAUAAUGCAUAAACUGUAUUGACUGAACAGUGUAGGAAGAGGAGGAUUUUAUUUAUUUAUUUUUACUGACUGCAUUAUUAAUAUCUGUUAUGAAAACAGCAUUCUAGUUUCAGGCUAGUGUUGAUUUUUUCAUAAUUUCAGGAAGUUUGGGGAAAUGGUAUGUUCAUUCUGUUCUGUUUUGUGUAGGCUGAGGUCAUUCACUGAAGCGAUGGUCAGGCUGAAGCAAUACAUGAAAAUAUGCUACAAUUUGAAGGGUCACUUGGGAGGAAGAGCUAAUUUAUCAAAACUGCAGAACAGUGUUUCUAGAUCAAAGGUUCUGGAGAAAUAGCUUAUUUGAGGGAGGAAAUGUGUUUCACAGAAGAACUGUGAAAUGGUGUUCUUCAAUAACGUGGUACGCUUUUGCCCCUGUCAUAUUCCAGAGUAACUUUCUGCAGAACUUUUUGUCGCUGUCAUUGCCAAAAGGAGGAAACAAAAGCCUUGGUCCCCUGGCUGUUGCUUGGCUGAAACUCCUCUUGAAUUUAUCAUUUGGAGAAGAUGGGCAGCAAAUGAUUGUGAAGCUGAAUGGUAGCUUAGAUCAGCUUAUAGAGAUGGCCAAGUACAAACACCGAAGCCAUCCAUAUACGAUCCUUCUGAUUCUGCACAACACCUGCUUUAACCCAGUCAACAAAUCCAAGAUAUUGGCUAAUGGUAGGUACUGAUUGUUUAAAGUGUUGCCAUGAUACAGCUAUGCUAUUUUAUGGUAAUGAUAAAUUGCCAUAUAUAUUAACCUUGGUGAGUACCGUAGAUUCCGGCAUAUAAGACGACUUUUUAACCCCGGAAAAGAGGUUAAAAAGUCGGGGGUCGUCUUAUACGCUGGGUAUAGGUGGCACGGAGCGGACCCCACCCCCCACUGCUGCUGUGGUGGCUUCGAAGCAGCAGCGGUGGCAGGCUCCACUCCGCACCGGGAGAGAACCGCCUGGCGCGGAGCAAUCCCACUGCUGCUUCAGAAGCAGCAGCAGGAGUGGCGGGCUCCGCUCCGCGCCGGGCGGCUUUCUCCCGGCGUGGAGCUGCCCAGCGUAUUAGGCGACUGGGCUUUUAUGACAAACCCCCAAAUUGCAGCUGCCGAUUUGGGGGGUCGUCUAAUACGCCCUGUCACCUAAUACACCGGAAUCUACGGUAUGUCAGAUUUUAUAUAUGAUUAAACUUGAUUGAGAACUGUGUGUUAAUUAAAUUUAUACAGUUGCUAAUUGAGCAUUUUGGAACUCUAGAGCAGGGAGUUGGCUAGGGCACUCCUGAAAUAAAUUUAUCAUAUGCUGUGGCAUGCCAACAAAUAAUUUAUUUAAAGAACUUAGGCACUACCCUUUAGUGCAAAGCUCCAAAUUGUGUGCAACUUAAAAUCAGAAAACAUGUACAGUAAAAGUGAAAGAAUAGCAUAAAGUUGCACUACAGUGGCUAUAAAAUCUGUAAAAUUAGAAAAAAAUAACCCAGCUAGAAAAACAAGUUACAUCCUACUAUGAAACAUAUUGGAAUGCCUGAGUGUUUGUAUUAUAAAGUACUUUGCUUGGCAUCAGGCAGCUUUUCACAUGUGGACCAUCGCUGCCGAAUUACCUGCUGCCUAUGUUUGGUGAGGAACACCCAGAAUGACUAGGCAGGCUCAUGCGAUAAUAUGGGCUGUCCUCUACCACAGCCUUUCCCAACCUCUGCUCCCUGGAUGCUGUAGGACUACAACUCCCAUCAACCUCAGUGCUCAAGGAGGGGAGGUGGGUUGUAGUUCAAUAACAUCUGGGGACCCAAGGUUAGGAAGUGCAGUGGUACAGUACAGUCCUUCAUAUAACUUGGUCCUCAGCUGUUUAGGACUUCAUAGAUCAGGCAUAUGCAAACUCGGCCCUCCAGAUGUUUUGGGACUACAAUUCCCACCAUCCCUAGCUAACAGGACCAGUGGUCAGGGAUGAUGGGAAUUGUAGUCCCAAAACAUCUGGAGGGCCAAGUUUGCCUAGGCCUGUCAUAGAUAGUCACUUUGAAUUGUGCCUAGAUAGGGGUUAGCAUUUUAAUGGAAAAAGCAUUCUUACGUCACUGCAAAUUAGACCCCAGCUAAAUGGAUCCAUAAGAAACCUGCACAUAUUUUGUGAUCAUAUGGUGUGUGUGUGCAUGUGUGUACACACAUGUAGUGGAAGCAAUGCAAUGAAACAGAAUUUUUAUAUGUUGCAAGGUUUCUCAUAGGGGGAGGGGGCAACAGAUGAAGCUACAUGUUACUUUCUAACAGAACUCUUAACAGUUUCGAUCGACAAUUACCUUCAUACUUGGAAACCUUUCUUAGGCAAUCAUUAUUCAAUUUUCAUAAUCUGCUUUAAAUAUAAUAGAACAGAAUCCUAAUAUUCUGAACAUGGUGAUAAUGGAAUGCCAAGUGUGUAGGUACAUUUUGAAGACAGAAAAGCAUGUGUAAGAAGCAGCAGAAUAAUGGGUUUUUGCCAGUGCAGGUGGGUUAAGAUUGUCAGUAUCUUAAUUCCUACCCGCUUGGCUUUUACUAAAGCAUAUACUAUUUUUUUUAUUAUUUAACAGAAUUUAUAUGCUGCUUGAUUGUAAUAAAAGCAGUGAUGUACCCAUCUCUUUCCCACAAUUUUUGGGUCUCCUAGCUAAUUAGAAUGCCUGCUUUAUAAUUAAGAUACCUGCAGUUUCUUGGCUUUACAUGAAAUUUAAUUCAGAUUUAUUUUUACAAAGAACACUUUCUAAUGGCAGAAGUCAGGAGUGAUUAGUUGAAAAUAAAUUAUUCUGAUGAUAUAAACCUACUGUACGUACUGUUGUAAUAUUUACCAGAGAAAAAAGAGACAAAUUAUCCACAGGAGUGAACUGGAGAAGCUGAAACGAUGAUAUAAUGUCCUUUUGUUAGGUGCAUGUGUGGUCUUUUGUCUUCCUUGUAGAUAAAGCCAUUGCACUGCUAUCUGACUGUCUAGAAAGUGAUAAUCCUGUAGCUCGAAGAAUAGGAGCAUCUGCACUUUGGGCUUUGCUUCACAAUUAUCAGAAGGUUAGUGUUUUGGGUUCUUUUUUUUUUUAAAAAAAAAAGAAGACUGGAUGUCUCUCUUUUGACAUGUAUUCACCGAAGCUUUGUAGCUUUUUCUUAUGUUUUACAUUAUAUAUCUUACCUUUUCAUUAGCAUGGUCAAUAAGACUGUACAUCAUUUUUAAAAAUGAAAGCUUGCAGCAAAAUUGGCAGGUCUUCAGUCAUUUAAUACAUAUUUAGCACCCCCAAGUCAAUGACCCCUUUGGAUUGCCAAUCAACAUGCUGCUAUAAUGAGAGAGGCCACAGUUGGAGAAAUUCUUCAUUUCUGUGUUUUGCAUAAAAGCACAGGAUCUAAUCUUGACAAUUGUUAAAUUCCUUAUUCCCGUGAAAUAGCAAGUCUUACAUUGGGAUUCUUUCCAUUCAGCCUGUAUCCCACUCUCUCUUUUUAUUCUAUCGCCAUACUUACAAUCUUUCCCCAAGGGUUCUUACCUUCUGCCUACCAGUUAGCUUCCCAGUGUUUACCUUGCCCAUCCAUCCUUGCCCUGCCAGUAUAGUAGAACUAGCGUGUGGGAUGCUUUAAUCCCAGCCAUACUGAAAACUGCCUUCUCACAGAAACUGGUCCUAGGGCCAUUUUGUUUCUGACAACUUCUUCCUGAGAAGUUGGAGUGUUUGUGAGUAUUCCUUAGCAUCAUGCAUCUUAAGCCAUUGGUCCAAGUUUAAGGAAGUCCAGGUCAGUGAUCUCUAAGAAAGCAUCCACUGCAUGGUAGCUAAUAAGGUUAAGAUCACCAUUUCAAACUCUUUAAAGCUUCAAGAAGUUUGAUCGAGGCAGAAGUGUAGAGCAUUUUAAUAAUUUCUUCAGCUCUGUGGUUCUGAUACACCCUCACGUGUUAAGCACCCCUGAAGCUUACAGAAUCCUUGAGAACUAAGUACUGUAAUUACCUGUUUUGCCAGAGUAUGAAAAAACAUUUCUGUUCUGCACCCAAUUACACUUAGUGGAACUCCAAAUGCUAUUAAAAAGGAAAUGGUGUCUGUUUCUGAAAGCACAUAUUCUUCCUCCGCUCUCAGCCUCUGAAUGCAAGCUGCGAGGUACAUAAUGCAUCAAAUUAUCACUGAUAAAUGGCCACAUAAUGCAUCUUAUUGUAGGUUAUGUGAUGCAUGGCUUUAAAAUACGCUCCUUAUUGUCAUGUAACAGACAGCCCUAUGCUCAUUCCAGCACCACUGCAUCCAGCAAGAAGUUGGCAAGUGUGUCACGCAGCAUCUUAAUAUUCAAAGAGGAACUUUCUGUUAUGCUGAGCUUUGCAAACAGCCAUGUUCAGGGAGAUUGUGGCUCCUUUUAUUGGCUGUAUUUCAUUGAACUCUGGUCUCUUCCCCCCUCCUCUGCCCCACAGCGCUAUGCACAAUGGUGUGCUCACAUGUUGCAUUCUUAAGUUUCUGAAUGUCAUAGCUUUGUGGCCUGCUGCCAAUAAAUGACUGCCAAGGAGAAGGAAUGAUCUUAAGAGCAUCGGCACGGGGGAGUUAAUACAGUCAUUGGAUUAUUCUUUCUUUGUGCUACAGGCAAAAGUGACUUUGAAGAACCCAUCAAUAAAAAGAAGAAUAGACGACGCCUUCCUUUCAGUCAAGAAAAGUACGUUUUUAACGGAGAAAAUUUGGUUUUCCAUCUCAAAAGGAGUAGCAGCUGAUGCGGGGAUUGUUUUGCAAACAGCUCAUCAAUAUUCAGUGUGGACCACAGAAACAAACACAUAGUAUGCAGUACUAUUGUAAAUGAAUCCCACUGAGUUCAGUGGAGCUUGCUCCAAAAGGAAGUGCGCACAGGUUUGCAGCAAUGUCAACAAAUUUCCUGAAGCUUUGUGUUCUUUGGACUGUACUUUUGACAUUCAUAAUGUGCCUUAAAAGAAAAAAGAAAAACCUUUUUACGUGAACUAGUGUGUUAGUACUGAAUAUUGGAUACAUCUGUGUACUUGCCAUAGCUUUUCCCCAUUGCAUAUUGCCUAAAAUCUUAGAGAAAAGGCACAGUCAAAAUUAGCCUUUUGAAUAGAAUCUUGCAUGUCAUGAGCAUAUUAAGUUUAAUUCUGAGAAAGACUCAGACUGGGUUAGACCCUUACUAAGCUUCCUGUAGUGGGCAUGGAAGCCUGCUCUGUAGGGUUGGGUUGCCCAGGGGAGAAGCAUGAGUGGCAGUGCUUGAGUCUCCUUGUACUCCAGUGGGAGCCUCCACUAGACCAAAGUUCCUUCCAUAAACAUUUUCACAGAGCCUGCUUUUGAGAGCUCUACUUACAGUAGUUUGAUCAAGGGGGCCAGUAUGUUCUCAAAUGUGAUUUCCAGCAUUAGUUAUAUAAAAUUAUCGUUGGGCGAUUGGGGGAAGAGUUUAGCUUGGUACUAGAACAUAUGCUUUGCAUGGGAAAGGCGCCAGGUUCGGUCUCUGGCAUCAGGCAAGGUUGGUAAACACUCACUUUCUAGAACCCUGGAGAGUUGCUGCUAGUUUGUGUAGGCCAGGGGUGGGAACCCCCAGCCUCUCUAAUCAGUGUAGACCUACCUCAAUGAGCCAGAUAAAUCAGUGAUCUGGCAUGUGCUGCUAUAAACCAAUUAUGGUAGUAUGCUUUCUGAAACCAAAGGCUUAUUAGAACUUCUGCCCUGAUUGUUGCUUUAAAAAAAAUACAAAAGUUUAGAAGGACCUGCCUUUUUAAUGUUACUUUUAAUUAUCAGAUAGAUAAAUUGCAAACACCUGAUGUGAUGUGUGUGGUUCUCUCCUCUCUUUUUUAGCUCUUCAGCAACAAGAAGAAAACCAGCAAGAUGCCUAUCACUUCAAAUGUCUGGAAGCCCUUGUGGUGCUUCUCAGUAGCUAACAGUAGCAGUGUUGCAGAGCUGGUCCCCCCCCCCCCUUUUGAAGGACACCAGAACCCAAAUGGAAUCUUAAAUCCACUGAGUGGAAGAAAUCUACCACUAAAGAAUUAUGUUAAUUCUUUGUACUGAGGAUCCUGCGCCACAGAAACUCCACAAAAUGUGUUUGUCUGUGGCAACCCUGUUCCAGUGCCUUGAUGCUAUAAGAGGCAAAGGAAAGAAUGGAAUAUAAAGCAUGGAUUUUUAACAAUGUACAUUAUAUUUUUAUUUUUGAUACAUUUUACACACACUUUUUGCAGUGUCUUUACACAUGUUUGCUUUUAGAAGACACGCUGCUCUUCAGCUGAAGCGUAUUAAUUAUAUAUAAGGAGGCAUAGCACUUAUAAUAUAAAUGAUGUAAAACAUUUUUUCCACAAUGUCUGAACUUGUAUAAAUAAAGAUGUCACC